GAAGGAGGAGGGGGCGGUGUCUCCAUCCAAGAGGGAUGUUGUGUAGUAAGUGAAAGGGGCGGAGGAGGGAAGGAGGGAGGGUGCAGCUCUCUGCUUCUACGUCAGUGUACAUCACAGGGACACACAGGACCCUUUUGCUUCAGGUGCCCGGGGUGACUCCCUGCACGAAAAAAAAAAAUAAUAAUCCCAAUUCCGGUCCCCCGAAAACGCGCCGAUCGCCUCACCUCUAAGGUAAGAAAAUGAGUGACCCUCUGUGGACGCGCAAUUUCACACUAAUCUGCCUUUCAGCGCGUCAAUUCAGCCAAUUUCCCUCAGCUGCUGUCGAUUUAGCUGCUGCGUCCAAGAGAGGGAGAAGGGUAAGAUCUGCAUGCCCGGUGUCUCACUCAGCUCGACAUUUAUUAGCACUAAAAUGGAGUUAAUAGGCCUCUGCUGCGCAACGCGAUGACCCCUAAACCUGCACCCGAGGGGAAGCAGGAGACAAGUCGACCUUUGAGGAAGAAAUGUUGUCAAUUUGUUGGAAAUGUGGCGUGGUAACAGAUUUUAACAUUCGUUCGUGCGGAUUUUGGCGGAUUUUGCGCGUCGUUCUUGUUCUGGUUGGGUUCAGGUUUUGCGCGUUAAGAGACAUCUUUAUCAAAGCGCAGAGGAUCCAGAAGAGGAAGGAGGAAAGGAAGGAAGGAAGGAAAGACAGGAGGUUGUUAAAGUUGUGUUUAAAUGUCAUUAAACUGCACAUAUGUCCGGCUUCCAAACAUCGAUCCAGUUCUUCGAUUCCAGAUUGGUGAUGGAUUUUGGCACCGAUGUCCUUGCCCCCCAUUUCCGCCUUUCCUCUGUAGCACACGGUGGUUAAUUCAUAUUGCAGCUUUAAACCCACUUAAAUUCAGAUUAUUUGAAGUUAUCCUGCUGUUUUGUGUUGAAUAUAAUCAGUGCAAUAUAAGAAAGAGCUGCAAACUGUGAGUGCAGCUGGGUAUCCUGUCCUGCGUCGUGCGCCAAAAUGACCUUGUAGAAACCCAGCGGGGAGAGUGUGAUGGAGAAAGAGUGAUGAGCAGUUUUCCCCCCUUGCUCUCCUCUGUGGUGUUGCUUUGCGGUGGUUUCUGUUAGUGGAGCUUCGAUGACUUUGCCCAAAGAGAAAUGAUAUUUUAAAUGAUGAGUGUCUUUCCUCUGGAUCCUUUUGGAAGAGAGGUGGAGUUGGAGGAAUAAGCUGUGAAAAUGUUGAGAUGGCGUUUAUUCAUGAUCUGUUCUGUUUUUUUGUUUUUGGUUGAUGCGUUUUAAACUUUGCAUGUGUGACUGUCUUGUCCCUGUGGCAGCCAUGAUGCAGCUCAGGCAGUUUCUGAGCUAUUUAUGCACCCAGCCCACAUGAACGGUGGCGGUGACGGGAGCAGCGACUGAUAUAAACCUACAAGAUACUAACGAACAUGAUUUAGAGUUUGAAGGACCUCCAGACUCUUUAUCCGCCUGUGUCAGACCGCAGUGGUGACAUCCAGAACCGCUUUCAUUUACAGCAGCCAGAAGAGUCCUGUUUGCAAACCUUGAGUUGUUAUUGUGAUCCCUCUGACACCAGAUAAUCCCCCUUUUUUGACUUUUCUGAUUACCUCAGUGUUUGCAAUCUUUCUCUUCAAUCCACCCGUCAAUUUGGUUGCCAUACCUGCCGUGUUGUGCUUCACUGAAGCCUUCAGAUGAGCAGAUGGUGGGUGUUUCCUCUUAAUUACCAGGCCCGAAAAGGCCCGAGCCAGCUGGGGUAGCGGAGCACCAGACCUUCAAAAAAAGUGCAAAUCAUUUCAACAUGACUCCUGGUAGAGCUGAUGCUUUACACACAAACAGGGCUCUUAUCAGUACAAGUGGCAUUUUCUCCACCUGCGCAGAGGUGCAACAAGAUUUUCUAAGAUGGGAAAAGACAAAAUGAAACUGCAAAGACUCAAAAAUAUUAGGUGAGAAAAUGAGAAGCAGAUAAGUGGUUGUUACUUAAUUUCACCUGUCGAAAUUAUCCAAAGAGUCACUGAGGUGUAAGAUAGCCAGGUGUACAGUUGACGCAUCUUCUGUGCCGAUUGUUUCCCACGUGUAAAUGAAACAGUUAGUCCACGUCACUUUGACCUUUUAUUCUUCUUUUGUAAAAGAAACCAAAUGCAAAAAUACGACAACGCAAAUUCCAACAAACGGUGACGACAGGAUGAUAAAGAUAUCGAUGAAGAUGAUGUAAAUGAUGAAGAUGAUGAUGGUCAAAAAAACUGUUUGCUCCUCUAGCUACUAACACACCUGCCAAUAAUUACGUCUUCUUCUAUUUAUAGCAAACCAAACUCAGGACUUCAAGCCACCUGGUGUGGCACCAGGGCAAAUACAACUGAAAUAGAUCACCAAACACAAACACAAAGAAAAUAUAGUAAACGGCUCAAACAAGUGGAUUUAUUCUGAGUCAUUCUCCUUCAGAAAUCCCAAAAUGUGCAGAUUCCAGCUAUCAAAUGUGGAUAUUUGUUGCUUCAGUGCUUGUAAACCGGAUUUCCUUUUGCCUCCAGACUCUCAGGCGAAUGAAACAAACUACCUGAACACAUCUGCUUGCCGUGGGAAUUAAUGGCGCCGUCUCCGAGUCAUCCUAAGGUCAUAAUGUUUGUGAAUGAGCGCAGAAUAAUACGCGGAAUAAUCAAUAGUGUAUCCUGUGGUUAAACUAGAAGAGAAUCAAUAACGUGUUGAAUUGUUUGGUUAAAAUGUGUCUCAGCCCUCAGGCCUCACUCGGCGUCCCUCAACACAUCAGCAGAGUGACUCUGCAUCCGUGCUGCAGGUGAAGCUAACGAUCAUGUUGAGAAGCAGCUCCUCCAACACACAGGAGGCGAGAGGAGCAGAGGGAGCAGCUCUGUUUGGUGUUCUCAUUUUCUGCCUGCUACCCUCCUGAUCAGGCCGCGCUCCGGUCUGUCCGCAGAGAUUAGCCCCGUCACAAGUUACAACUCGCCCUCCCUGCAGCUGGGAGCAACGGCGUCCGAUAUAUUAGCAUAACACCUUAAAAAAAAGGGGCUUUGGAGCAGUAGAGCGUGGCUGUCCUAUCCACCUCGUCUUCCUCACCUUAGCCUUGUCAAGACCAGCGAUGAGCGAGUUAUUAAAAUUUAGAUCAGUGGCUCAAAGACACGCCGGGUCAUUUUUAUUGCAUCUUGACUGAUCUGUCUCCGGCUGCUGCUCCUGUUGAAUCCCUCCCCUCAGCUAAAGAUUUACUGUGAGACAGAGAGGAAAUCGAUGGUCCUCUCUGUCGUCUCCAGAUGGGUGGGUCGAAGCUGUGAUCAGUGUCAAACACAUAACUCUCCAUUAACAGCUGACAGUGUUUCUUUUACGGCAGAGGAGGUGUGAAGCUGCUGUCUGCUGCUGUUAUUAAGAAGUGCAUGCAAAUGUGAAUCCAUUAGGGCCGAGUUUAUCUGUCUCCUAACUGUACAGGAAGUUAAAGAAGUACUUUUUGGGAGUGUUACAAUCAAAUGGAUAAUGAUAGGAUGAUGAUUUCUUUAAUCUUUAACAUCCCAAGAUGUAACGCAAGUUAGGAUGUAUUGAAGUGACUCAAUCCCUUGUCUAGAAAACGGUCCAAAUUGAGAAAAUUAGAGGCGCUGAUGGUCUAACAGUGGAGGUGAAUCCCACAUAUGCGGGCGUCGUUAAUUUGAGCCCAUGUUUCCCCUCUCCUAUAUGUCGUUCCUCACUCUUUCCCCUGUUUCCUGCACUAUCCACUCUCCACUGUCCUCUGUCGAUAAAUAAGAAAUUUGAGUAUUAUUUAUUGAUCACAAAGUCUGCAGGCGAACAAUGUUAAAUCGGUAUGUGGCUCAGUGUUGACUGAGGCUAACGUUAGCAGAGCUAGCACCACCAUCGCUUCAAUCCUUCUUGCAGGUAACGUCUACAUGCCUACAUUAGUGAGUUUCACAUGGUUGUUGUCGAGUGGCUGUAAAGUUUAACACAACCUACAAACAACUUUCAUCAAAAUACAGCCAAAUCUCACCUGAAGCGUCAUCUGUCAUCUGUCUGUGCUUGUUUACAUCCAAGUAGUAGUCGAGGAAAGGAUUAGGAUUGCUGUCAUGACUGAUGGAGGGUCAAUGACCAGAAAGAUGACAAAUAUUACUAGCGUAUGAUACUAAGAGUAUUGAUAAUUUGUUAAACCAACCAGUGACUUUGGCUCAGACCACUGAGGGUGAUAACAUUUUACCAUUAGUUAGGGUGUAAAAACACUCAAUGUGACCCGAAAAACUUGGGAAAACUAACUACCUGUGACUCCGUGACUCUGUGACCCUGACCCUGCAUAGUGAUGUCCUCUUUUUGGGGAUUCAGAAUAUGGUCAACCUACGUUAGUCUAAAAUGAAAGAGCAAGCAAACAAACUUGAUAGAGCAAUGUCACUGUCAGUGUCGCCUUAACACACAUACUUACACAAAUACCUAAAAAAAAACUGGUUAAUAGACUUAAAGAGAGUCUGGUCGCAAUGGACCAAUGUUAGACUUUCAAGAUUAAUAGAUUUUCAAGGAUAUUUCAAACAAAGCUUAGCGACUUUUUCCUGAAAUGACCAAAUCAGCUUAUUGGAAAUUUUAAAAAAGGUGUAAAAUUUUGGGAGACAUCUUUUUGUUUUCUUGCUGAGUGUCUCAGACAUGAGGGUUUAUAUAUUUAGACAACAUGGAGCUCAACCAGAAGGGAGCUGGUCUAGUAUGAAGACAGGAAGCACCAAUUAACUGGCAGUAAUCCCCACUUUUCCAAUUAGUUUUACACUUAAAUAAAAGGACACAUACAAAUUAAUUAUUUGGCUUUUUUUUCUGCAUGUAGCCAACCACCUCCUGUCCAAGAUUUAGCAAGAAUAAGCCAAUAGCAUUCCUGCCUCCAGCUCUGUCUAUUAUCAGAGCUAAAAAAACAAAAACAUUUGGCACCUUCAGAGAUAAUUCAUUAAUAUGUGUAACACCUGAGCCGAUUGUCUUCAAUAUUCCUACAAAGACAUCCAAUCACAAAGAAGAGUCAGUGAGAUAAUAAGAGAUGACGGUCCUCGUAAAAUAAAAUAAAGCGUCUCUUUGUUUGUUCUCCUCUCCCUCCAAAAACUGGUGUUGGUGGUUUGAUCUCGAUGCUGUAAUGAGAACACACCCUGCAGCUCCUGCAGAAACACACACAGACUUUGAUGCAUGGUGAAACAGGAGCAAAACUACAAGGCCAACAAUUUAAUUCACAAACCGUGAAAAACGGCAAUGUGCUCAUUGUUCAUGGACAGAGGGGAGCUGCAGAGGAGAAGUAGGAGAGGCUCGCCAAGGUGCGAACACAUUUAUUCAACACGGUUAAAUUAGUUCAGGUUCGGUAGGUUUUUGACGUCACUGUGUUAGAUUAGGCAAGAACCGAGCCAAACUAUCAUACCAUGACUUGACCUACAGAGCAGUCUUUACAACUAACAUGACGAUGUCAGAAACGCUAAUGGCUGUUGCUCGCCGAGUGGUUAAUUAUGUGGUUUUCGCCAAUAUUUCUCUUUUCCUGUCUGUCCUUUGACAACACAUCAUACAAGCAGGAAAGUUAUCGCCAGCGCUCAACAAACGUUUCCUCUUUUCUCAGAUUUCAGUCCCACCACACCAACUUCAUAAUGUCGCUGUCUUUACUGGUCAACAUCACUGACGUCACAAAACAAAGUGUGUGUUCUCGAUUGUUGUUCACGAUGAUAAAAUACACGAUUCAGAAUUGAUGGGUGUCAAUUACCUACAGCUGUCAAACCACUGAUUCUGCCUGUCUUAGUGACCUUUAACCAAAGGAGGAAAUCUAGUGUUGACAGUUGAAGCCAAUGCAGAAAAAAUGCAGUUCCUUGAGUGUCCACUAGAGGCUGGCUCUGAAAGACAGAGCAUCCUUGUUAAAGCCAUGGUUGAUAAUCUGAGAAGUAGCUGAAAAAAACUGAGCCGUUGAGGCAGAUUUGAAAAAAGUGUCCCACCCCCCCCACACACAGACCUCUCCCCUCUGUGCUCCAUGAUAACCCGGCCGGCAGAAGAUCCUAUGCUAGCUCAAAUAGGAUUCACCAUGUCGGAUUGCUCGGGACUAGCGGCAGUAAAUGCCAGCUCUGCUAGCGAGCGCCGUCUGCAGCUGCCUGGACAGCUACCGACUAAUAAGAGUUAUUUAUGUAACAUGAGCCACGAUAAAAGGCGAUAAAAACUACCUGUUCAGCAGAAACUCUGCUGUCUCUGCGUCUGUUUUCAGGCCCAAAUCCUGGCAGAGCUUUCUCCACCGCUAAUAAUUACUUAUCUGUUCAACCGUCAACCACGCCUUUAAGGCCCGUGUUAAAAAGCCAAAUUUUGCAGCAAAAACUUCAUGUUUAUAGCCUAGUUUAGUCUGUGUGACUAAUUUCUGUAUCUCUUAAGCAGCACAGGUGUAAUUUCUGAUCUGUUGUGAUUAUUUCAGGCUGAGGGUUAUACUGAAAUUUGCUUAACUAGGGGUGUGACUAGUCUAUUUGUCACCAGGCUGAGGACCUGCUUUGGCUUCACCUCAUCUGUUUUGAUUGAAAGUUAGAUCGAGACAGCAUUUCCAAUAUGGUGACCACAUUCUCUCACUUCGUAACAGCAUUUUAGAAAAACAAACCAAUGCUAUUUAGGGGCCAGAGCUAGGUUUUGCAUUUAUAUUGAAGAAAUUCACAGGAUUCUGCGACAUUAUCUGUGCAAAGAACAAACAGGAAGUUUGUUUAGAUGAACAUUUGCACGUAAAGUGGCGAGCUCUGACGAUGCAAAACAAAACCGUUUUCAACAUUUUUCAUAUCCAGCUUGUAGGAUGACAUUCAGAAAGUUAAAGAAGAGAGGAGUCCUGUGUGAAGUAGGCAGCUAAAUGCAGACUUAUAUGUUCAGUCUCCGUCCUCUAAGUCAAAUUGUUGUUCCAGUGAUGGUUAAUUCUUCACAUUAAAAUGAUAAACUUAAUCUGGUUUCUGUUUUUUCCCCCAGAUUUGAGUGAAUGUGCCAGUUUUCAAACACACCAGUUGGUUAAAUGAACAAUGACUGCUGAUCUCACUUGUUUCACAGGUGGUGAACGCUAAUGCAGUUAACUCACUGAGAUUACACUAAUGUGAGCUGUUUGAGCUGCUGUUUUGUGCACCACACUGUUCCCCUCACAUGCUGCUCUGAACUGCACCUCUCAGCUGCCCUCAGUCUGACUCCUCUUCGGUCCAUUUUGCAGCAAGCAAAGCCAAAAUGGAUGCAGAGAGCUGACGUCACCGUGUUUGACAUGGUGUUGCUUAGCCCCCUGGAUGCCACCAGGGUGACGGUGCACACCCACAGCCCCAAACAGGGAAACAACUACGUGACUCAUGUUAGACUGCAGAUUCUCCCAACGGGGGACUCUGCAUCCAGGGAGGAGCAACAACCCAGUGCGCCUAACAACCAAUCAUCACCCCCUCCUCUCAGGCUGCUGCUCUGUACGGGCCUGGAGCCGAGCGGGAACACGCUGCAGCUGAGUGAAACUGUCACUUCCCGAGCGGCUCCGUGCAGAUGUCGCCCUGUGGUCGGUGGAGACAAGCAGGAGUCGGACCGAGGCUGCAGUGACAGGACAGGAGUUUUAUUUUUUUUAUUGCACCUAUACAUCACCGCUGAGGGACGAGUCAACUCCUGCACCUCCGUCCUUGUGGCCAGAAAACAAGACAUGAAUAAUGGAUGGAUCUCUCGCCCGCACUCAGCAGGACUCCCCAGGCAGCUCAGACCAGAGUAGUUGAUAGAAAAGUGAUGUAUGAGGACGGCCAAGGACUGCAGAUCGAUGAAUUGAAAUACAGAGUUGCCACAGGAAGCUGUUGCUUGGCUUGUUUAGGCACUACAUGAACUCUGAGUCUUUCUAAACAAACCAUUUUAAAGGUUGAAUGCAGUUAAAAUACCUUUUAAAUGGUGUCUGACUUGCAUAUACAUUGAGCAGUGAAGCUCACAGUGCAUGGCAGCUCCUCCGUCAGCAGUAUGUUACUGCCCCUAUAGCUGAUGUUACGUGUAUUUAUACGGACAGCUGCCUCGCUUCUAUUUUCCUCCUGGAUGAGCAGAUCUGAAAUGACCGUACGGCUGGAUGUGAUCUCUCGCUUUGGUCUGAACUCACAGAGAGCUUCAUUGUGAGCGUAGGUGUUUGUUGACUGAGUCUUGUGGGGGGUAAUCUUCAAACGGAGAGAGGAUGGGGGCUGUUUGCACUGACCCGACCCAAAACGCAAUGGUCCGGAUUCACUGCAGAGAGCAGGGAGGACUCUCCACCUCAGUUAUUGGUAGUUUUUCAGAGAAACCAGCAUGAAUAUAAAGUCGGUUUUUAUUCUCGUGAUCUCAAGAGUUCUCAUUUGCAUCUUAGUGGGCGGUGAGGAACAAUGGUUUAUAAAAGAUUGGCGUAUUUUCUGUUGUUUUCCAGUGAAGUUGAAACGCUCAAAAGAUCACAAAGAAAAUGAACACCAAACCAAACACCCUCUAAGACGAACAAACGUAAGUAGACGGUUAAAUAGGAAAAGGAGGACAGACUUUUAAUUGCCUUUUCAGUUUGUGAAUUAUAGAUAAAACAUCCAAAUAACAUACUGAAGAAAAUAACAAAUGUGACAGAUCGGAGUACCAACUUUAUUUGACCGGACCGAAUUAUUAAUGGGAGUUUGUUUGCUUUAAGACACGAUAUGAGUCAAUGGAUAAUUUAUAUAAAAAGGGGGACAUUUACAAAAGUGAAACCAAUUUUCUUGUUUUUUUUUUUUUAUUAUCUUCCUGUGUUUGAAUUUGGCAUUCUAUUAUUGAACUAAAUAAGGACCGACUCCCUUUCAAGGCCUGCCUCAAGUGGUCGCUCCAGGUACUACACUUUUUGUGACUUCUGCAUCAGCUUAAUUCUUCCUCCAUGGAGGCUGCCACAUGAUUUAGAUAGGGUGACCAUACGUCCUCUUUUACCUGGACAUGUCCUCUUUUUUGGGGGGCUGUCCGACCUGUCCGACCUUGUCCAGGAGAGUAAAAAAAUCCUUCAAAUGUCCAGGGUUUUGUAUGUAAGUUUUAAGUUUGUGUCGUGUGGACUUGCUCAGUUAGAAGCAUGUAAAAAACACUUGAUCCAACCCAAAAAACUCUCAAAAUAAACUCCGCCCGACUCUGUGACUCCGCCCCAUUGUAGUCGUGUCCUCUUUUUGGGGAUUCAGAAUAUGGUCAAACUAGUUUAGAGAUAGUUCUGCUUCUUAGUGUUCAUGAUAGGGAUGCACACGUUAACAGUUAAAACACCACUCCUCCAUAGACACCUGAAUAACUGGUCAGUUAAAGCUGCUGUGAGGAAGUUUUGGUUUGUGCUAAUUUGGCGCCCCCUGUGGACAAAGUGAUACCUCUUAUUUCAUGUUCUAUCCAUGUAAAAGAAGUGUUUUUGGACACUUCCCUCAUUCUGUAGCCUUUUAAAAGUGAAGUGCAUCAUCCUGAGUAGUUGCCAUGAAAACGCUGGUUCUCCGGCCUGCUGUCAACCAUCUGAAUUUGACAUUAGAGGGAAAAUCUAGUUUGGGAACAUGAUUUAUUCUUUAGUGCCAGCUUGUAUGUUGGAUGGACACGAGAAAUGCUAGCUAAAGGCAGGAUUUGUUUCAGUACAUUGUGUACCCUUUACAUUUCACCCAUGCCUCCUUUUAUCAGGGUCCUCUUGAUCAGGACUGAUCUGAGCCUCAGGGACGGACUAUCAGAGGAGUAAAUCCACUUCGGGCAUUAUGACGAGAAAUCAGAGAUGUCAAGUGAAAUUAAUGCAGCGCUGCACGACAUUAUCAGCCAUCUGCAGCUCUGAGGACUCACCACUGACCGAAUCAUCCCCAUCUAUCACCACCCCUCCUCCCUAUCACUCUCUCUCUCUCUCUCUCUCUCUCUCAUGCACACACACAUACACUCCUGCUCAUCCUGGUCACACUCAGUCACUGCAGCGUCUGUGCCGUCAAAUGAGCAUCGAGAUUUAUUUCAGUGUGUGAAUGAAAGUGACUAUGAGACUGGGGCGACCGCACAAAUCUACAGUACAGUAACGGCGUAAAAACAUGAAAUGUAAGAGUCUGCUGUCGAUUUAAAGGUUCAGUUCACACAAUCAGGGGAAUUACUUGUAAAAUUAUUGACACAGAUGAAAUAUUUUAAAGUGUAAGUUAAUGAUUAUAUCAAUAAUCACAACUUUUCCCUCAGUAUGGACAACAAACAGUGAUUUAAUGUUGAGUUCAUUAAAGUUGUUUUGAUCAAAUGUUUGAACAGAGAAAUAAUCCGAAGAUUUGCAGACGACGAGUUCGAGUUUGCACGCAUGAAGCUGUGUGUUAAAGUGUCAAAGUGUUCCUCCGCAUGGUGCUGAAAGCUGGGGUUAUAUUUGGAGAGAGAAAUGAGUCAUGCUGGCGGAAAAUGAAGGGCUGUUAAUUGGAUGCAGCUUCAACAAAAUGUGAGAAAUCCAAAUGGGAAUAAUCUACCUGAAGAACACAGAGACAGUACAGAGGAUGUUUUACCUUCAAGUGACAAAUGCUUGGUAUCUCUACCAGUAUUUUUACAUAUUUGUGCCAAAUUCAAGGAGAAGUAAUGAUAAAUUUGAGAGUGUUUUGUGGAUUUACAGUGGUUGCAAAGCUUGUGAAAGUUUCAGAUGUGCUCAGUCGAUACAUCAUACCUCCAUGAUGUCUCAUUGGAGGUUGUUGCUGCAGCUGUUUUUACUAAAGAAGAACCACAGCUCUUGUUUUCAGUAACAUAGACUUGUUUUUAAAAUCACAAAGUGGCCAAGUAGAAUAAUUAAAAUACAGUUUAAACUUUAAUAUAACUAGUGAUGCACGAUAUGAAAAAUUUCAACCGAUACCGAUAACCGAUAAUUUUCUUCUUCUCAUGGCCGAUACCGAUACCGAUAACCGAUAAAUUCAUAUUUUAACAUUUAUUAUAAUCUUCAUAAAAUCUGCAGUUUGUGCAGGAUGCAGUGAUUGAAAACUGAUAUUUUUGUUGCUCUGGCCUAUCUAGAACAACAAACAAAAGUUUUUGGCUCUUCAAAUGUGGUCAUUAGCUAUAAAUAACAAUAACAGAGCAAAAAGCAGAACUUCAUUUGAUCCCCUGAACUGUUCAACAGAACUGUAAACUGUAAAGGAGCUAUUAUGAGACGUUAGGAUUAGCAUGCUGACCGGACUAACAUCUGACGUCCAUAUGUCUGUGGUAAAACUCACGUGUAGUCCGUUCUUGUCGAUCAGGUUGUGAAUGUAUGUGGCGACAAUAUCAUAGAGUGCAGGAAAACACACAUCCGAGAAGAAGCGGCGGCUUGGGAGAGUGUAACGUGGCUCCAAGUGUGCUAUUAUACCCGGGUUCUCAACGACGGAAAAAGGCUGGUCGUCGACCGCUAUGAACUCCAUCACUUUGUCGUUAAUGGCUUUAGCCUUUUCGCUGUCUCUUGAGAAACUUUUGCAGUUCUUAAACGCCUGCUGAAUGGGGACAUCGAUCCUCCGUAGUGUUGUUGUCUUAGCUUUAGUACCGCUAGCAGCUUCGGCGGCUGCCUCAUAGUCUUUUAAUACCGCUUCGCCGCGAUGGCGACUUUUCAGAUGGGCUAUCAGAUUCGCUGUGUUAAUACUUGACGUCUUCUUUCCUCCUCUCGGAAUCCUCGCUGAACAGGUUUUGCAUAUAGCAAUGCUGUUGUCAUCUUCUGCCACUGAGAGGAACGACCGUGCUGGUGAAGACAUUUUAUUAUCUGUCAGGUAGUGACAGGGGUCAGGCUUGGGACCUGCGAGUAAGGCGCGAUAGAUGACGUAACCAGCGCGUCUCGGACGGGCGGCUACUCCGCCUGCAAACGUUACUCGUAAUUUCAUUAAUAUAUCGGAUCUUUCUAUCGGAAAAAUGCACCUAUCGGACCGAUAAAAAAUGACGUAAUUUCCCCCCAAAUCGGCCGAUAUUUUAUCGGUCCGAUAAAUAUCGUGCAUCCCUAAAUAUAACUUCUUAUUUUCUAUAUUUUGCCUUGAUUGUUCACACCAUUCUCAGUCUACCUCAGGGGCGCUCUAACUCUUUAGCGUAGGAUCCCCAAAAUAACAGUCCCUGAGACUGGGGUUCUCCACCCCACUGUUAGUUGAGGUAGUAAAACUUUGCCCAAAGCCUCUAACAGGCCAAUCCAAAAACAGAAAUUAGAUCAGCACAACAGGAAGAAACAGGCUUAUAGUCAUGAUAUAAUGAUACAGUGAUUUAAUGAAGGCUAGAACAGAAAUAAAGUGAACCAAAUAUUUAGACAGUAGAUAUAAAAAGAUAAUAUUUGAUAAUUAGACGCAGAAGUAAGUUUCAUUCUAGUUUAAAGCCAAAUAUUUGGUUUGGAAUGGCGUUAUAUAUGUUUCUACCACAUUAUUUGUUUAUAGUUUUACAACAGUUGAUAAUCGAUGCAAUUCAUAUAUUUCAAAAAGAUACUCCAUUAAUAUCUCAUGAACCUUGAGAGGUCUCAAACCCCACUUUCGGAGCCGUUAUCUAUCUUAUUGUGAUGUUGUUUAUGCUUGAAAUCAGUGUUAGGGCCUGUUUCCAUUGCUAGGUAACAAAACUCAUCUAACCCCACUUCCGUUUCUCUUAGUAGUGGCAGUUGAGUUUGUUUGAAACUUCCCUUUAUGCUUUAUGUUUGUUUUUUGGUCAAAUUAAUAAAGUUCUACAACAAAAAGACAAACACAGUUGAUAAAAACUUGUGUUGAAGCAGUAGCUUUAAACCUGGAAAUGUGCCCUUAAAAAACAAGAGGCAACUUUCUCCUCCAUACAGUGGUUAUUUGGUUGGUAAAGUUGGUCUCAAACGUCCCAACAUUUCUCGAUUUUGAUUGGUCAGUGAUUGGAGAUGUGAUGUUGACAAAUAUGGCGACACCACAAGAAUGCCUUUAGUGGACACAGGCCCUUACUCAAGCAGAUGUAAACAGUAGCAUUGUAUUUAGUCCUUUUAAAAAAUGAGCCUAAGUACACUUUGCUAAAUGGCUUUCUCAGGCAUCAGUGAAGGAAAACAAAGCAGAGGAAAGGUCAGUAACUCUCUCAAGUGAAUAAAUGAAGCAGGAAGUUCAAUAUCCUUUCAUCAAAGCUGGUUUUAUUCAGAGGCUGUUGUCAGUGAGCUGGGGGGUUUAAGGGCCAUGAUCUCAGCUCCGUAUAUGAACCGUUGGGUGGUUUAUUCCUCUUCAUCCAUCUUCUGGAAGUUCAGCAGCCUCCUGCCAGCAGCUGUCUGCUGCUAAAUCGCUCUUGUAUCUUCACUAAAUAAAAAGUCCCGCUCCUAUCAUCGAGUGCCAAGGCCCGACGCGAAGAGGAAAAUCUAUUUUGAGGAGCUCAUUUUAUCAGCUGCUCUUAACGUUUGGGUUUUAACAGUGCAGCAAAGAGUAAUUGUUAAAAGCUCAAGGCUAUCAGACAGACUGAUGAAUGGAGGUAAUUCAGUGGUGCUGAAAGAACAGCCUUGUCAGAGUCAGACUAAUGUGGUUACAACUCCUUCAGUGGCAGCUGGAUGUCUAAAGUGCUGCUCUGAAAGGUAAAUAGUGGAACUGUGGGCAGACUCUCUACACCCCUAAUUAAAUAUCAAACUCCCAAUGUGCCGUUCUUCUAAAGACAUAAACUCGCAGCAGAAGAUAGUUAUGACUGGAUAACUUCUGAUCAAACAUACCGGCUUUUUAUCCACCUGUAGCUCUGAGCUCAGUGAUAGACGUUAAAGUCGAGGUGGAUUUGGAUUUCUAGGUAUAAAAUCGACCCCGGCUCUUCUUGAUAUGCUGUGGCAAUGACUCGUGUGAAUAACCGUGGACUUGAUUGUUACGGCCUUUCUGUUGUCAUGCUUACACCGUCCCUUAGCUUUUCAGACACAGACAAAGAAAAGUGAGAUAUGGCAGGCUGAACAAUGUGAUCCAGUCCCAACUACCAUAUGUACAGUGGCCCUGACACGACACACAAAGAGAAAAAAACACAACAACAAAAAGAGAAAACAGAACAGCAAAAGAGAAAACAGAACAGCAAAAGAGAAAACAGAACAGCAAAAGAGAAAACAGAACAGCAAAAGAGAAAACACAACAGCAAAGAAGAAAACAAAACACAAAAAGAGAAAACACAACACAAUAAAACACAACAAAUAAGAAAACCACACAAAAAGAGAAAAUACAACAAUAAGUAAACACAACACAAAAAGAGAAAACAUAAUGGUUAAUGUCAUUGUUUUUUCUGAUUUGCUGUUGUGUUUUCUCUUUGUGUUGUUUUCUCUUUUGUUGUUUUGAUUUGCCGAUGUUUUCUCAUUUUGUGUUGCGUUUCCUCUUAUUGUUUUGUGUUUUCUAAUAUGUUGUGUUUUCUCUUAUUGUCUUGUGUUUUCUCUUAUUGUGUUGUGUUUUGCUCCUCAGGGCCAUUGUACAUAUGUUUAUGACCAUAGAGAGCAGUACUGGUGAUUGAAAUUAAAACCAAGUCACUCACCUAGCUUUAUUAAGCAGAAAGAUCAACACUUUAUUAAAAUGAUCAUGUGACGGUGUGAAUCGAAUAUUUUCUCACCUUUUUGCUCAGUUUUUUUCUCCACAAUGUGAAGUACUUCAGCUACUAAAGGUAUCAAAGCUUUACUCCACUAUUGUUUCUUACUUUUUCAAGAAUGUGACUGUGAAGUGAGGAAGGUAUAGAGAAGUGUGGAAAUAAAUAUGAUCAAUUUCCAGGUCUUAAAAAGUAUGGAAAAUGAAAUGUAAAGUAUUGAAAAAUACUCAUGUUUCCAGACUAUUACCACAGUUCUAAAGUAGUUUUUUUUUUUAAAUAGAAAAGUAGGUAUUUCCAAAAAUAAUUCCAAAUAGUAGAGUAUGGAAAAGUAUGGGAAUUCCAACAGUGUAGGAACCCUGAAACUGUGUAUUUGCUCCAGUUCUGUGACGUUAAUGCCACAGAUGGUCCCAGAUGGACCUGAUCAGACCUCCUGAUACAUCUAGGCUAAUAUCAACAAUUAUUCAAAUGUUUGAACAGACUGUAAAUAGAUUUUUUUCAGAUUUCCUUCAGUCUUUACUUCCCCAGACAAACUGUAAAACAAUGAUGAAGCUCGGCCUCAGACAACAUUCUUCAUUAGCUCCAGCGUAUAUGUCACCGCCGCCGCUCCCGCUGCUGCUGCUGCUGCCUUGCACAAGCGUUUGACUGUGUGAGCGAGUGAGGCUGCAUCCCCCCUCCCUCUUGUGUCUGCUCCGCGCUCUGGAAGAAAAUGAGAUUACAUAAUUAAGUCUUUCAUCAGCACCGAGCGACAACAGACAAUUUCGCUCGAUCCCCCUCCAGAGUUUAAAUAUAUUAUUAGUUUAUACUUCAUUAGAGAUGCUCGAGCAGUUUGCAAAAUCAUUUUGUUCACUAUAACUCUUUAUGCUGCGAGCACAGACCCUAUAUUUCCUUUCCAUCCCAGUGAGGUUUUUGUCUUCAUUAAAAUCCAGUUGCACACAGAGAGAGUCAGAAUAUAUUUCUUCUUUAUACCCAUGAGUCAUUAUGCAGAUUGAUUGAACUGCAGUGAUGAAGUGGCCACAGCUGCACUGUAACCCUGCACGUGCACACCAGUAUGUGUUUGCUAUUCAUAGGCUGAGAGUCAGCCAGCAGCCACCCUUGUUCCAGCUUGUGAAGGGCUAAUCGGAUGGUGAUUGGUUGUCUCAUUGCAUUUAGAUGGGCCUCGAGAGUCCCAGUACAAAGGUUGAGACCAUGGCGACCGAAGAGAACCGACCAAUCGCCUGACUCCUCGGAGAGAAAUAGGAAAGUGAUUUAGUCUCUGUGCCGAGAGGAGUGAGAACAUUCCAGCUGUCCAUCGUCUAGAUGUCCAGAGACUUGAAAUGAGGAUUUAUGGGCGGCCUCUGCACCAGACCAGGAGACCAGCAGAAGGGAUUUUCUAAGGGGUGACAGGACCUGUGACCAUCAGCUGCAGUAUGAAGCACUUUGGGUUUAACUCAUAGAAUAUAUAGAAUGGACGCCGUCUGCCUCCUCGCUGGGUGAAGCCACCGUGAGAACAGCACCCUCUGGUGACGGGCUGCAGUAUAGGUCAUAAAUCCCGCCUCCUCCAGCAAUCCCUAUGGAGCUGUUGACAAACUAUAGAAAUUUAUUACACAGAAUAUAAAUUUUUCUCCCCAUUGGUUGCGAUGUUGACAUGUAGUUACUGUAAAACUGGUUUGUGCUCAAGUCCUCUUUUUUCUGUACAGCUUCAUUUUUAAAAGUUAUUAGGGGGUUCAUGUUUUUUAUGAUUGACACUUGAUACAGACUAUGGGUGCACGAAGAUUGCGUAGCUCAACCGGGGAUACGCUGUUUGAGCCGAGUGUCGUCACAGCAAUUCUCUCGCCAAAUGCGUACAAUACUACUGGUUUCAGGAAGUGGAGAAAAAACCCGGAAAUACCGAGAGCUUUUUGGCUUCAAAUCUGUAAACUAGCGGAAGGUGGAACCAAGUUGUCCAUAGUAUAUACAGUCUGUGUGUUUAACUUACCUUUCCAAACUUUGAUCACUAAAAAUAUCGAUCACAGCCCUUGUAUUAAAUCUUCAUUAGAUGGAUCUUUAUUUUUUAAUUACAAACAAUAUUGACAGUAAGAGGCAAAGUAAAAGGCACACUGCUACAGUGGAGGUCAUAACCACACCUCAGACUCAUACUCUUCCAACGUUACACUUUAACAUAUCUUUCAGGUUGAGGAGUGUUUUCAUCCCAGUGUGUGGACUGUAAGCGGUUCAAAACAUAGAUGUAGUCUCAGUGACGUCACUCAUUGGUUUUUGUAGUUGAGUUCCGAAGUCCAUUGGCGGCGUUUGUCAUAUUGGAAAUGCUGACCUAACCUAAUUUUGAGUUUCAGAUCAAUGGGGAUUCCCUGACCUUUGCAGCCAGUCUCGAGUGGACACUUAAGGAACUGCAGUUUUAGCACUUCUGUACGGCUGUCAUUUCUCUAAACCAGAGGUCUCUCCUUGGCAUGGACUCAUAGGCAGAUUCAAACAGCACCAUUGGAGCAUUAUUAAGACUCUGCAGAGGCUCCACUGCCUUCACAAAUACAGCAAUUCACAAGCAUUUAUUGAACCUAAACUUAUCUGUGUAUAUACAGUCUAUAGGGAAGGGUCACAAUAAUGUUUGCAGAGUUUGCAGGGUAAAUAUAAAAACCGACAAAGAUACAAACUGACUCAAUAUUUUUGUUUCUGUUGUCGUUCAAAGUUAAUUCUCGCUCUCUGUAGUAUUUCCAGUGUCUAGCCAACUUUCCAUGAAUAUUCCAACACACCGCUCCUCCGUCUGGUCCUCCAUCUUUUUUUUAUUUGUUCAUGAAAACUGCAAACAAGGUCAUAUCCUCUUUCCCUCCACUAAACUCAUCUUUAAUGCAUCCCGCCCGCGCUGUAUGUUCAGCGAACCGUAGACGGCAGCAGAACAUGCACUCGCUCUCCGUGGCGUCAUAUGUAGUGUCAAACAUAAAUAUCUCCAGGGACGUUGGAUUUGAAGCCUGGAGUGAGCUGCAUGCCGCUCUUUUGGCAGUUUGUUUUCGAGCCAUGAAAUCCAAUUUUCUGCAGCCGAGAGGAGCGAGCGAGCCCGACCGUCAUGGCUGACGCAGCCUGUAAUGUGUGCGUAAUGGUGGGAUUACUUUCAGGACAUAGAUCAGAGGAGGUGAGCUCAGGUUUUAGACAGUAAGAAGUGUUUGUACUGUAUUUCAGAAUAUGAUGAAACUUAAAGCAACUGAUGAGCUGCUCAGUUUGUGAUUUCAGUGAAAACAUUCAUUAAUAAACCGUGUCAUGCUGCUCAGUGAGGUGGUCUAAUGGGUUAGGUUGUAACUCAUUCAUGAGGCUGUGAUUCCUGCGCUGGCAAGUUCGCAUACAUUAUUCAGCCGUGACUGACUUCAUAGUAUCAUGUAAAACUGACCAGAUUAAUACAUUUUUAAUUUAUGUUUUGGGGCACUAUUAACUCGGACUAGGGAUGCCACUUCUCAGCAAAAAUCAUUCAAAACUCUGGGGGAUCAUACGGCAAGAAACUUAAGGCUUAAGACCCAGCAGAGGGCGCUCUCAUCGUAACCUGGCCAAUCCAUGCACUCUUGACCUCAGUAAACUCCGGUCUUAGAUCCAAAGAUAGGGCUGCAUGUUGACCUUGUAAAAACAAAACUGCAUGUUGACUUGUCAAAUUGUCCUUCUUGAAAAUUAAAAACAGAAAUUUAAGAGAAAAUUCAAGAGGCGUUGAUUAAAUGAGGGAAACUUAAACGAUUUUUGAGGCCUAAAUAAGGUUGUUGAUGAUGAUUUCCUGAAGGAGAUGGACUUUAUGAUCCGUACCUCGCCCAGCCAGCAGGGGGAGCUCUAAAUAUUUCGGCUGUAAUGAUAGAGAACUGUUAUUCUAGAAGAUUUUAUACAAUCGACGACUUUAAUUAACUUGGGACAGGAGCAAAAUGGUUUUUGUUUUCAAUGAGUUUACUGUCAUGCACUGGGGAGGAAAGCCAUAUUUAAGGUUAGGGCUGGGGGAUGAACCCAAAAUUUACAGAAACCGAAAUUUACGACAAUAACGGACGCCAUUUUGCCCAUGUCGAUAUAUUCGGUAUCUAAAAAUAAAAAUAAAAGUUAGUUUUGGAUGUGUGUAGGUAGGCUAUGGUCUCAUGUCCUUUUUAAGACGCUGUCCUACAUCAGAGAUGUGACUCCGCCCCAUCCAGUCUGUAACAAAGAGGGAAGACAAGUGAGGAGAUGGAGGACGGAGAGAAAGUUUUAGCCGCUGGAGUAGACAAAGUUAAUGUGGGAGGAGGUGAGCAGCUUGGGGACUAGUUAUCGAGGUGAACUGCUCAAUAUAUUGUGAUAUUGAUUUGAGGCCAUAUCGCCCAGCCCUAAAUUGGGUAUUCCAUUGGUUUUCUUGUUUGACACACACUUUGGUGAAUAAUAAAAGGGUCUUUAGGUGCUUCAUCAAAAACAUGUAUUUGAGUCUGUUUUGCAAUUUUCGUGUCAUCUUACUUAAAGAAAAAUGUGGGAGAGCAAAUUUUUGAUGCUUUCACCACCAUUAAUCACGCAAAUUCAACAGGCUUUGUUUUGCUUUUGAGUGACAGAUCAUGCAACAGACUGACUGAACAGAAUCUGAACAUGUGAGUCAAGGCAAAACAAAACAAACAAAACAACUCGUGACUCGACCAGCCCUUAUCUAACUCCAUACCUUGUGUUACAUUUGCACGCUGACACCUUUAGGCUAAACCCUCUCGCUGUAUAGUUGUGAUAUUUUAACAAACUCUGAAAGUGAAAACUCAAAUGAUCAAUCCACAGGAUCUGAUUCAAGCUGUGAAAAAACACCAAAUGUCUUCACAGCGUUCGCUCAUGACGUGCCGCCGCUCUCUCCAGAGUGAGAGAGUGUUGAUAAAAGAGCAGCAGAGGAUGCCCAUGAACUUCAAUACAGCAGUCAGCCACAACAAUAGGACCUGACAGGUGAUGUGAUUACCUUGUCACUGCCUCACCUGACAGAGAUUGGGAGAUGUUCUGCAGCGGCGAGUGAACUCUUUGUCCUCUUUGAAGGUUGAUGUGCUGGAAACAGAAAAACGGAAAGUGUGAAAAUGAGAGAGAGCAGCGCCAAAUUGUGAUGCUUGGAUGACUGGGUCAGAGUGUCUCAAAAACUGCGGUUCUUACGUGGUCCUGGUCUGCAGCAGUCAGGAUCUAUCAAAACUGGUCCAAGGAGGAAAGACUGGUGAUUCUAACAAAAGGGUAACAAAAAGCUCAGAUUACUAACAAGUAAAUUCUGUGCCUGGUAGAAAUGCACCAAAACACACAGUAUGUCCAGGUGUGUAUGACGCUACAAAGAUAGCUUGUCCAGGACUCCAAAGGGUCACAUGAGAAUCAGAACUGGACUACAACAAAUGGAGAAGGCGUCUUCAAAGUGUUGACUGGGUCUCCAACAGAUCCAGCUCUGGACUAGGUUGGUUCAUGUAGGUCCACUUUGCAAUUUGCAGGACUUGGCUCUCUGAUAAGGUGCCUGAUACCACAGCACACCUUUAGAGGACUUGUGGAGUCCAUGUCUCAUCAGGUUGGGGCUGUUAGGCUUCACAUGUGGUCACAGUGGUUGGGUUGGUUGACAUAAAUAGAUAAACAUCUUUCACAGUGAUGUAAGAUAAACGGUUUGGGUUUUUUUGUUUGGCUGAUCCCUAUAAAUUCAUUUUUACUUUGUUCCCUGGACCACUUUUUCAGACUGAAAAUCAGAAGUGGAAAGGCUUAUUUUUUACAGUAACCUUUCCAACAAAGCUGUAAAGUAAAGGAGUAAUCGAGCGAGACCUGACCUAAAGGCACUCACAUCGAGGUUCCAGUCACUGAGGAGGUACAAAGAUUUAUCCCCAGCUGCUUGUUCCUGCAGUUUGAGCCUGAAGAGUUCCUGUUUCUCAUCUCCAAGAAACUGCAGUCGAGAAACAUCUGAAGUUUCCUCCUUCAUACAGAUGUAAGAGACAAUGACCCAACCCAACAUACCGUACAAGAUGAUGUUUGUGAACAGUUUGUUUUAGGCGACAAUGACAGAAAUAUGGAAACAGUUUGAUGAAGUGUUUGUCAAGAAUCUAGUUUAAGUCACAUUAUAGAAAAAUGUAGCUGAUUUUAGUCGCAUUUUCUCGCAUUGUUUUAGUCAAGAUUUAGCCCCACUUGUAUCCACAUGGCACGUUGUUCUAAUCAGGACAAUACACUCUGUCUCAUCUUGAAAAAAAGGGAAAUAUGUCGACGGGUCAACAGACUGCAGGUUGUAAAAAGUCAACAGUUUGUGUCAUGACAGCAUAAGUUUUGUUUGGCUUUUGCUCGGACAGCUGAUAUCUAGUUGUUUGGCUUCCUACUACAGACUGUAAGCAGACGUCUUAUUGACAUGCACUGGGUGGGAAAUCAUCCAAUGACAAAUAAGAAGAAGAAUGCAGGCAGUGAGAGUUUGUACCCGCACACAUUUGAUCGUCUGAAAAGAGCCGACUGUUUCAGGUCGUCAUGCUCCCAGGAGUGUGAUCCCUGACAUGCUAUUUGGAGGUAACAUGAGGUUCACCUUUGUGGUUCUGGAUGUUUGUGUUUCUAAUCAGAGUGCUGUGAGACUUGGUUCAGAAAUGUCUUAUAGGGUGUUUAGUCUUGAUCAGGCCAGUGUUUGAUUUUUCCAGGAUUUGGUUCAUAGUAAAUACCUUCUGAAUAAUGGAGUCUUAUCAGUCUUCGCUGUACUUAAAGCUCCUGUUAUAGAAACAUUUGGUUUGUGAAGUAUUUGUGUGUAUAUCUUCUGACAAAGAGCUCAUCCUGCUGACUUUUUACUGUCAAAUAUUUAAUUUUCGACUCCUCAUCUGACACUUAACCCUCUCACUCCGGCUCCAGGCAUAAAAAAUGACAGUAUUAAAAUGUCCAGUCUUGUUCUCAAUAGUCAUGUUUGCUUUUUUUCUAUCAUAAAAAGGUAUUUUCAUAAGUUUCAGUUUAUAUUAUUGACUCUGAGAAGCUUUAAUGUGCCACUUGUUACAAAGCUCAUGUUAGCAUGAUAGCACUGCUUUAAUUGUAACAUCAUAGACUGGGCAGAUAAGUCUAGUUAUUGUGAGUGUGUUUGCACUCUUAGCUUGCCUGAGGAAAAACUCUGAAGUGUGUAAAAGCCUCAUGUCUUAUUAAAGAUCCUAAUGCUUCAGUAUGUUUGAACAUAAAGUGAUGUAAGGGUUUGAAAUGAUCUAAAAUCUAAUUCGUCUUGGGGCAGUUCAAACUAAAUAAAACGAAUAUAAACGCUUGUACAGCUUUCAGCCUCUGACAUCUGGUUGCGUCAUGCUGAGUCUGCAGUCUUUGCACUUUAUCAUCUGAUCAAAGAGACACUAAAGGAGAUUUAGUUUCUAUCAUCUCUAUUUAUUUCAUUACUCAGUCGAAAUCCUGACGCACAGACAGGAGAAACCCCGUCUCCUCCGGUUUCAGUAUCAGCUGGCUUUCAGCGAGCGCGUUCUUAGAAACUCAGCGGUCCCAGUGGACCUGUGGGUCAUGUGAUGUUAGCUCGGCAUCAGUUGGUGUCUGUUCAUCGCCCCUGAGGCUGCACAGGAAGCUUUCAGAGGUUUCCUCCCUCCUGCUUCACACCGUCUGAUACCCUCCCUCCUUUUUCUGUCUGCAGCAGCUGUUGUUGUUUUCCUGCUGUAACGAGAAAACUGACUUCCUGCUUCAGAAAUAAUAUUUAACAAAUAGUUUGGAAACAUUUUAAUAAACCGUGUUAUCAAUAAUCCUGGUGCCACUGAGGUUUGUCUUCAUGUUUGUUGCCUCUAUUACUGUGUAAUUGAGCACCUCCGAUCAUCCUGUCCUGUAUAAAUUACAUGGCUCAUAGAUUCAUUGAUCGGUUUUCUGAUCACUUCCUAGUCAAACGGUAAAUACAGACAAGGGUGACACUGAGAAGUCAGGGCCUGCUGGACUAAUGAAAUGAUCUUGUAUGUAAUAUUGUCUCAUUUAUCAGUUUAUUGAAUCUGACUCCUAAAUUAGGAUGUUGAUUUGUUGCAGCCGCGCCUUUUUAAUGAAUUGUUUUCCUGAAGAGGGUCUAGUUCUGAAAAGAUGCUGAUAGUAGAGAUUAUCAUAAUUCAAAUCACCUUUGUCUUAAAGUUAACUUUUUGGGCUUUUAUUCUGAAAGGAUAGGUGAGUGGAUAGAGCAGGAAACUGGUAGAAAUCUGUAUUGAAAUCUUCGACUUUGUAACAAGAUCUUCACUGUACAACAAGUUGACUGGAGGCGCAUAAACAAUAGCAAUCAUAUUAAAGGGAUAUUCCGGCGUAAAAUUAGUUUAGAGUCGAACACACCGUAACACCGAGUUAGACACCCCCUCGAGAGAUAAAAUGUAAAUGAUGUCGAUGGAUUGAACCAUUUGGAACCGGCUCUCAACAAGAACAGGUUCUCGGUUCCCAUCCGUAGAUCCAGAUGAGGUUCACCCUCCAGCUGUGUCUGUAUCUGCAGAGGUCCAACUGUGCACAGAAGACACUCGGCACGGUUACAUCCACAGUUCAGUCGAGCUACAAUUUCAGCUAUACUGUCAUAAUCCCAGUCUAUAAACACCAGACAAGGACUGUUGUAUUGUCCAAACUGCAGCAUAUUUCCUGUUCAUUUCCUGAGUUGACUCUGGAUCGUUGAUUGAUGCUAAAAAUGGAUUAAGUAAGGCGCUGUGAUUGACAGCUCUCUGAACAAAUGCAGCUCCUGUAGAGAGGAGAGGGGAAAUUACCUGCACUGAGCGAUGUGAACUGCAUGUAUUCUGUGGAGGUAAUUCUUCUCAGUAGUUGCUAUUAUUCUUCCCCUGAAGGUCCCAUAUUACAAAAAAAACAUGUCCUUGCCUUUGCAUAUGAGUUUCAGUCAUUCAUCAGCCCCAUGGAAGAAAAAACAGCCUUUGCUGCACUGUUCCCACCUUCGACGAGCCAUUUUGAAUUUGCUCCUGCGGUGUUGUAAUGACUGGUGUAAUUUGCAUAAAUAUGCAUGCAGAACCACUCCCACCCUUGGCCUCUUCCGAUACAAUUUAGGUUUUUGUGUGAGUGUUGCAGAGAGACGGUGUCAGAGGUCAGAGAAAAGCACGCGAACUGCUCAGUAAUUGGUAGCAAAUACCGACACGUGCCUUUCUUCAGAGAGGAUGAUGUUUAUUUUUACCAAGACAACGAGGAUAAUGUUGUCAGAUAAUGACACCAUCAUAUAUGAAUUAUAAGAACGUGUGUUUUAUUAUAUUUAGGAAUUGCACGCAGCAUUUAUUUACUGUACAGUAAGCAGGAAUUGGAUUUGUAUAAAUACCUUAAUCUCCUGAGUUUCCAGCUGAAGCAGAGAGUCGGGGAGGGGAUAAGUGAGAGGAGGGGCUGCUGUUCAACAUUUGGCAGGUUUGGACCAGAGCAAACAGGGAGGAUGACUCAGAAAAAUUGGAUAUUAGCCUGCGUUGCUCCUGCUGCACCCUCCCUAGGCGGGUAAUUCUGUGGGCAGGGGAUUGAGGGGCGUAGGAGUAUUUUUCACUGUGCUGUGCUCCUCAUUUCACUUUAAAAUCCAUGAAAUUAAAGGUCCAAUGUGAUGUCUUUAAACCCUUAUUCUCUCUGCAGUCUCAUUUCCUUGUUGUGAGGGGUUCUGGGUUUCUGUGACUCAUCAUCAGUCAUUACAAAGUUCUGUUUUAUGAAGAGGGGAAAUAAAAAAGGAACAAUUAAAAUGUGUUAUUUCAGUUUCAGUAUUUAGGAGCACGUUCAAAAUCAGCUAUAACUGAGGUUACUUUGUGGCUUUAACUCGAACAGACAAGAAAUGCUGCACGCAGACAGACAAGGUUGGACAUAAUGUUCUUUUUCUGUGAGACUCUAUAGUCCUCGGUACAUUGUUUCCCAGUGUUAUUGGUUGUAUUGUUGGGUACUGCCAGCUCCCUCAGGCUUAACAUUUCCUCUUCGCCCCCCGCUGAGCUGCUGCUGCUGCUGCUGCUGCUCUUUCUAAAGACUCUGAGAAACUACUGGAAAGAGUCUGGGCUGUGGCUGCAGUAGAGACCCAGGGUGUCUCUCUUUCUCUCUGGGGAGGCGUCGUCUCUGCUUGGUCUCAUCACCCCAACAUGCAGGGGUUCAUGUUUGCUCUCGUUGCAGAAAAACAGUAAACAGACAGAGUUGUAUUGGCACUAAUAAAUCAGAGUCUGCAAUAUUUUAGCACAGCAGGAUUGAGUGAUAAAAAACUCAUGUCAGACAGUGCAGUGUUGGUCAUGAGAAAAUUCUGUUUUUUGUUUUUUAAUAUCUUGAUUUUGAUAAACUUAGGGGUUGGGGAGAAAAAAAAACAUUGUGUUCAGCAGAUUAGUCCGAGCAGCAUGUUUGUAUAAAGUACCUGCAUUCUAAUUAUACAGUUGAAUUGAGCCAAUUUUCUAAGUGCUUCUGAGUCGAGGACCUUAAUGACAGAAAAGCUUCUAUAAAGUGAAUUUGUACAGUUUACAUUUGAAUGAUAAAGCUCUGCUGCCUUUAAAAUGACUCAUAAUUGCAUACUGCUGCAUUUGCAUUUGAACAGAGAAAAUAAACCUUACCUCCUCUAAGUGCCUGAGAGAGAUGCAGUACAGACGUCAUGUAAAUGGAAAACAAUACUUGAAUACUUAAAAAUGUUCAAUCUUGCUGUGUUCAAACAUGGUUGAUAGUCAGAAAAUGGGAAGUGCUGAUGAGCUUCCAGAUGACCUGGAUGAAUCUUGACUUGUAGAAGUGAAGAGUUUUGAUUUUUCAGCCUGUUUCCCAUCUUGAUGCAAAUCUAACAAUCUGCAGAAAUGAUAAUAAAGUUGUAGGCGUGACACUUCCUCAUCCUUCACACCUGCACAGAGACAGGACACUCGGCUGAUGGUGUUUACAGAGUUGAAGCUGCUUCUUCCGGCCACAGAUCCAGCCUGCCAGCAUGUGAAACGAAGAGAUAAAGAAACUAAUUUGUCUCAGCUGUUGAUGACUUUCUUAAUGACUGACUCAGUCUGUUGUUUGCUGUUUGUUGUCUGUUAGACUUUGAUUUCAUUUAGUUCUCUUAUCUAUUUCGCCUGUGUGUGGGUGAAUACUUUUGUUGUUUUUAAUGGUCUUUAUUUUCCUAAUAAUGUCUGCUAAACAAAGUCUUUAACAGGAAAAACUAAUCUUACCUCGACCUUAAAGACACAGUGAGGAUAUUCUACAGACUGAAAAAGUUACUGAUGCCUCUUUAUGACCUUCUGAAGCAAAUUAGACCAUCAGCAAGAAGACAGAUAUUUUUUUAUGCCUGAAACUGCUGUGAAGGGAGAGAUGACAGACCAGCAGGCUGAAAAUACAGCCUCAUUUUACUGUUACCAUGGCGAGUACUCACACUGAGAGAUGCAGCAGAAUUAAACCUCUACUUUCAAAUAUACAGGACGCAAUAUCUGAGUCAUUAUUUUGUCCAUAGGGGGCGCAAAAUUGGUGCAAACCAAAACAGCAAAGUAUGAGAGUAUUAUCCUUCCCUUUACUUGUGCACUUAACUUACCAAACCUUUGAAAAACUAGGGAUGGGCGAUAAAUUAUCGUUCAUGAUAUAUCGUCAGAAAAAUCCUCCAUGGUAAAUGUUUGCCAUCUCAUGAUAAAUACGAUAAAUGAUGUAAGCACGAGUGAUGGACUUGCAGCCGUAGCCCACACAAAGCAGAAUAACAAACAAACAUAACUGAAGGUAAUGGAGACGUUUCUGAGCAGCUCGUUACAGAACGAAGCUCCACAUGAGGGAUUUCCUUUAAGAUUAGGGCGUAGAUAAGUGCAAUCUGGUAUGUCUGACAUCGGAGAGUGGAUCUGCUGCUGUUCACUUUAUGCAAUAUUUGAGACUUGUUUGAUGUCAUUAGUUUUCUUUAUAACCUGCCACUCAAACUUGUGGUUAAGUAUCUUAUUUGGCAACUCCAACAGGUGUUCUGAAGACAAAAUGAGUCAAAAUUAUAGAAUGGAAAUGUGAUAUUUUUUAUGGUCAUUGCUAGAAUGGCCCAGCCCUGUAAAAAAACAUCAGAAAGUUUCUCUUCGUACAAGUUUUUCCUUGAAUUUUGAGGGAGUUUUAAUAACAAGAUGAUCGCUCACCUAAAAUAUAAAAAAUGAAUGUGAUCUGUUUGUAUCAAAGCUCCAGCAGGAGUCGCCCAGAUCAUGUCAAAGCUCACACUAACACACGUGUUAACGAUGAUCCCCCUGCUGAGUUUGUUUAGUUUGUUAGUUUAAUAGCAGGCCUCCUCCUCCUCUUCAUCGUCCUCUUCUUCUCCCUCAUUAGUGAGACAAACGAGGUCAGCGUCACACUGACUGAGUGUGGAGGAAAAGAGCAGGGUGAUUUAGCGACUGAUUUAUGAUGGCUCAUUCCUGUGCAGUCUUAAACAGAUGAGACAUUGGUGUUGUUAAAUGAUGGACUUAAAUAGUGAGAAUAAUGGACAUUAAAAAGAUGUUUAUUGUAUUCGCACUCAGUGGUUUUCUCUAUAAAAUAAGUCUGAAGACAUUUUCUUCAUAAUAAAAGGUUUUAACAUGAGCUCACUCACUGUGGCCAUAAAAGUCCUCAGCAGGAGCCUCUGCAGACAUUGACCUAUACUGCAGCACAUUGCAGCCUUGCUUGUUAAUUACAUGUCUGUGUCGCAGCAGGAUCCAUAAUAUGUCGUCUCUGCGGCGUGCCACUGUAAAUGCCACGCUGUGAUUUGUGCCGAGUCGGGGAGAGAGCUAUGAGAUAACUGCUGUUCAGUCAAUACAGGCCACCGCGCUUCCACACUCAGAUGUCAGCCCCUUAAAGCUGUCAUGUCCUUUUUUCUCGGCCAUUAGUGCUGAGCCAGAUAAGUGUCCUCUGUCGUUCCAAAGGCAGUGUCGCUGUGACUGCAAUAGUCUUUUGUAAUUCGGAGUAAAUUGGCCCUGAUGUAGAUCUCCUAAAAAUGUGCUUACUAUGGAUGUUUCCUCCCAACACGCUGUCAUGGUGAUGAAUUGUUCUAACAGGCGAACUCUUCUUCUUCUUCUGUCUCCACAGGAUUUGGCGUCUGAGCUCGCACCGGCCAGAGCGCAGCAGCAGCAGCAGCAGUAGUGCAGAGGAGCAGGGAGCUGUCCGCGGUGCUGAAUUCACCAGCUAACAGAAAUUGUCCCACUCAUGUGCAUGGGCCGAUCCUGAUAGCUCCCAUCCUAGCAGCGACCGACCACCACCCCAAUUUCCAAGAUGGAGGACGACGGGCGAUACAGAGAUGGCCGCUCAGACUUCAUUCGUGGCGCGAAGGACAUCGCCAAAGUGGCCAAGAAACAGGUUGGCAAAAAGGUAGGGCGCGGCGUGGACAGAAUGGCUGACGAGUACAGCAAGCGCUCCUACAAACGCUUUGAGGAGGAGGAUGAUGAUGACGACUACGCCGGCGCGCCGGGUAAUGAUGGCGGAUAUUACCGCAAUGACAGCAGAGCCAAUGACGAGGAAGGCCACAGUGACUCCACUGAAGGACAUGAUGAGGAUGAUGAGAUCUACGAAGGCGAGUACCAGGGCAUCCCCAGGGCUGAAUCGGGAAAAGCCGGAGGCAUGGAUGGGGUGACGGCGGCGCAGGCGCAGCAGUUCAGAGAUCUGUCCGCCUAUGAGGGCGAGCGGAGGAAAGACCAGGAGGAGCUGGCCCAGCAGUACGAGACCAUCCUGCAGGAGUGCGGCCACGGGAAGUUCCAGUGGACACUCUACUUUGUCCUCGGGCUGGCGUUGAUGGCGGAUGGCGUGGAGAUCUUUGUGGUCGGCUUCGUGCUGCCCUUUGCAGAGAAGGACAUGUGUCUAUCUGAGCCAAACAAGGGCAUGCUGGGUAAGAUUUCCAAUGCUUUUGAGUACAAUGAAAAUAUUACUAUGUAAGAUCCCCUGACUGUACAGAAGUUAAACCAAAACACCCGACUUGCAAUCGGCUUGCAAUCUCUUUUAAAAGUUUGAUCCAUGUCCCAUCUGUUUACAUGGAGAAUACAGGUAUGCUGCAGCCAGCCUGUAGGGGGAGCUCCAAUAGUUUUGGCAGCUUUUCGGUUAUAAAUCUCUUUAUCCAGCCUAUCUUAUGACCCAGUUAAUCAGCAGGUGACAGGGUUGCCACACAUGACCAGUGUCGUACUGCGAACACUGCUGUUUAUUGCACAAAGAACUGCAAACAAAAGGAGCGCAAGAUUUAUGAGCCUUCAGCUUUUUAAAUACAAACCAAGGAGGAGUCAGGUGGAGUCGGCAGGUCUGUGUUUGCUGCUAAACUCUGAAACAAACAUGAACCUUAUGUCGAAUGUUUUACCUCCAAAAGUCUGACUACAAAAGAGUGAAAAACAGCUUUAUGAUAGACCUGCAAAACUUCUCAAUCAGGCCAACAGCAGCCUACAUAGACUACUGAGAACCUGCACUGUGAAUGGGUUUGCAUGAUGACCUCUAAUCAGUUUAGAUCACUAAAGAAACAUGGCUGCGCAAAACUGUCCAGAGAUUCAUUUAUGUUAGUUUCCACCAGAAAUAAGGUGAUUUUUAAAGUUUCCAGUCCACACAAUAGGAAUUAGUCUUAAUCUGUUUUAUAAUUUCAUUCUGCCAUAAUGUUAAAGUUGGCGGUCUACCUUAUGAGUCGUGCUGCCAUGAUGUCCUGCUGCGAAGGGUAUGAUCGCUGUCUCAAGCAUGUAAACACCAGAUUGGAAUUGAUCACACCCCAUGUUGACAGAUGACACAGUAUCACCAGUUUGAAUGUCAAAAAGUGGUCAUGUAAACAAUCCUCUGGCUCAGAUCAGCUGUGCACAACUUAAAAUAGACGCCUGUUGAAUCCCAAUUUCUGAUUCAGGAUGAAGUCCACACUCUUCGACUGGUUUAGGGGUUACACCAGCUGAGAUCGUUUCAUCAUAGACAUUCAUAACCGCUCAUGUCUUAGUCAGACGUGGUGGUUUGAUUUGAAAGGUAGGAUAAUGGGGAGAGGUGGAGGAUUUACCAGCUGUUUUGUGUUGGCAGCAAAUAGAUUAUAUUGACUCAAAUUUCCUGAUGACUUUGGUCUGUUCUUUCACUUUUGUUUCCAACUUCAUCUGCACAAUAAUGGAGGAGGUAUGACUCAGCACAUAAAUAAACACCACAAAGAAAAGAGCCUCUCACUGAUUGGCCAGUGGACUGAACAUGUCUGCAGUAAUACUCGAUUAGUUUGGAUGUUAUGCUCUGAUUCUCAAGAUGAACCAAACAAAGACACUACUUAAAGACCCACUUCGAUGAAAAUCAUUUUUCUGAUGCUACAGGACAUGUCAUGAGAAAACUAAAUGCGAAAUUGCUUUUCUGAGUAUUUCUUCAUUCAAAUCACUUUAAAUCUCUCAAAGCUGGUCCAGAUACAGUGAGUUUUCAUACGUAACCAAUUCAAGCCCCUGGAGCCCCGCUAUGCAGGCCACACUCGAAGAAAUAGAGAGGAUGAUCGCGAAACGAGCGUGUGCGUGAGCGGAUUGCAAUGUUAGGCCGAGAGCUAGCGUGAAGAGGAGUGUGCUGAGCAGCGCUGUCUCCGCCCACGACUCAGAGGUGAAUUGCUAAUGAGCUGCUGGAGCUCUGCAGAAGAAAAGUCCUUGAAAAUGACACAGGUAGCCCUAUUUUGGCUAAAAAAUUCACAAUUACAAUUUAAAGACCACUGAGAACACUUUAAGUAGUAAAAAAAACGAUCGGAGUGGGACUUUAAGUAACAAAAAGUGGUUUCAGGGUGCAGUUUAGUGUGGACUUGGUCCCCUAAGGCUCAAUUUAUACUGAGCUGGUGCAACUGACUACAAAACGCUUGCUAAACCAAAAGUCUGGCUCCUCAUGUUUGGAUUCUGUAUUCAAUAAAAAUGUCUGUUUUCAAGGAUUCAAUGCUCACACAGAUCACACAGACUCAUACAUCCUCAUUUAAUCCAAGAGUAUGAAUGACCAACAAGUGACCUGUGCAUGGAUUAAGGAAAUAAUUAACCAAGUAAUCCUAAUGCCCACUGAACGAGCGAUACAGAAGUUACAUUAUUUCAUCACCCAAAAGACCAAAGUUAAUGUUCAAAGAGACACAGAGGCUCCGUUUUUAAUCAGAGCCGCCUGGGGUUUGCAGAAAGUACCUUUUAUGAGCUCCAGAGUAGGCAGUGGUAAAUGGAGGAAAGAUGAGGAGGAACUGGGGGAGACUGGACCAGAGAGGCUUUUAAUGGCGAGCCGGCCUGGGGGUGUUGUCCAGGAAGGAUUUCCUCUUGGGAGGCUGAUAACCGUCUUGUUAGCCCUAAUUUACCACGGCAGAAAACUCUGUAAAAACACUAAAAAACAAACAGGCGGGGCGGUUACACAAUAAAGUGUUUGGCAGGACAAACUCAGUUUCUGUAUCUGUGGGGCGACUGUCUUCUUUUGACUCAGCCUUUGUCUUUCAUUUUCCGUCUGCUUAUUUCAUUUCACUGCCUCCUUUGGGAGUUUAUGCCACUGUGCUUCACAUUUUAUCUGCGUCUUAUCUCGGCAGUUACCUUUGCAGCUUAUCCCUCAGUAAUUGCUUUUCUACAGCCUUGUUGGCGGAGGAACUACAGCUAUUUAACAUUCAACUGCCCGUGCAGCCUGUGAGCAGCAGUAGAAUUUUAAUCAGUCCCUCUGCCAAUCCAAACACAACGUUCUUCGAUUCGUUCAGCCGAUUUCUUACUAGACUGCGCGUUUGUGUGAAAGAGGAAAAAAGAGGGUUUUGGAUUUGUCCUCCCCAUGUUUUCCCUUUUUAUAGUGAGAGCUGUGUGUCUGUUUGUGUUUCUGUAUGCUGUGAAGUCCAAACACCACAUGAUCAGUUCCUAUCCGUAUGGUCGACCUCCAAUCAUAGUCCAAGCCUUUCUCGCCAUCUGUCAUUGGCUGUCCAGCAGGAAACAAUAAAUAAGGGACAGACUCCUCUUUAGUUUAGCAGCAUAUUUGUGGGUAUAACUAUAAAUAAUAUGUGGGGGUGGGAAUCAUUAGUGGCCCCACGAUAUGAUAUUAUCACGAUUCUUGGGCCAUGAUACAACAUUAUCAAUAUAACAUAUAAUGUGAUUCAUAUUGUAUUAAUUUUAUUUGUAUUUAUUACUUUGAAAAAAUUGUUACCUGGUAAAUGAGACGAUAUGAUAUGUCACCAGACCAAAUAUCACAAUACUGUGCUGUAUCAAUUUUUUCUCCCACCCCUAAUAAUAUGUGUGUUUUGUCAGUAUUAGACUUGUCAGGAGAUGCCCGGGGAAAGACGGAAGCUCUGUCAGAGUGUAAAAAGGAUUCUGAGCAUGAUUAAUAUACCAUAUGUCCCAAUUAUUUAGUCUAUUUAAUUGUGGCUAUGUUUGAUAAAAAACAUGAUAAUCAAUUUUAACAAUCAUGAUAUCGGUGUCAAUCAAACACCAGCAGCCCAUAUGUGAAGUUACAGCUCCUUACUAUGAAGAAUUAUGUAGAGAACAUGUUAAGUACAUUCCCACAUUCCCCAUUUUUGCCACAGUGUCAACAGGUCAAGGUGAAACAUACUAAAUACCUUUCCAUGGAUUUGGAGAUUGAGUCUUUUAAAUAUCAAAAUCCCAUCAUAGGAAAUUAAAAGUCUGUUUACCUCACAUAAUCUCAUAUAAGAGACUAAGUUACAUCAUUUCCAGUGGACUAAGAGGGUUUGGACUGUUGAACUGCCCCACUGCCUUAUUGAUCCACAUUGAUAGAUGUCUCCCUACAGAUGUGAAGGCCUGACUAUUGAUUGUCUGAGCUGUUUAGAUGAACAUUAGAUGUAUUCUCUGUUAAAUGUUGACUGGAAAGUUAUUGUUGAAUGACAGUCUGAACAGCUGCCACAAUGCAACCCCAACUACACCCCAACCACUAUCAUUCCAAUGGGAUAUUUUUAGAUAAUAUAACCACUUAAUUUAUUUAUACAAACAGUACAUAUAUUUUUCUUUUUGAACCUUUGCUCAUGAAGUACAGUAUGUUCUUUUUCAGCUCUACUGUCAGAGAGCUGCAUUAGUGUGGGAUUUAUGUGUUCACAGUUCUUCCUUUAGCUUAGUUUGAUAGACAGAUAUCACAGUCUUUUUUUAACCCAUCAGGUUUUAAAUCCAUCUUUGAGUGGAAUUAACCUGCAGUUUCCUAGCUGUAUAGAAAAGGAUGGGAAUGUACAUACAUAUAUGUGACAUGAUAUAAAUAUGUAUCAGCAUUUCACUCUGGUGCAUUUGGCAGGCAGUCAAGCCUUUAAUUGGUUACUGGGUUGUGUGAUUGUCCCAGUAGUCCAUGUACAGGAUAGAGAUUGCAGCGCUGACAUGUUCAAUUACUGGCCUGUGUAAAAAAAAUAUGUGUUUACUCACGUGUGUGUGUGAGAGAGAGAGAGAGCGAGAGAGAGACUACAGUGCAGUGAUUAGGAAAAUAGUAAACAGAAGAGAACUGGCUUUUAUUUUGAAAAGCAUCCAAGAAGUGUAAAGUAAUUUGCAUUUAAUGCCAAGUAAGUUUUCUACACUGUUUCCUAAUUUACUUUUUAAAUGUCGGGGAUACUCCCUCAGAAUAAAAUAUUAAUAAUAAGAAAAAAAAAACACAUCAGGCUUUUAUUUUGAAAAGCAUCCAAGAGGUGUAAAUAUAUGCCUGAAAGUUUUUCUACACUGUUACUUUAUUUACCUUUUAAAUAUCAGGGAUGCUCCUUCAGAAUAAAAUUGUGUCUAAAAACAAUAGGAAAAAAACAUAUCAGGCUUUUAUUUUGAAAAUCGUCAAAGAAGCGUAAACGUAAUUCACUUUAAUACCAAGUAAGUUUUCUACACUAGUACCUAAUUUACUUUUUAUAUGUCCAAGAUACUCUCUCAGAAUAAACUAUCUUGUGAAAACAACAGGGAAACACAGAUCAGGCUUUUAUUUUGAAAAUAUAACUGUAUUUUGUAUCUAAUGCAUAGGAAGAUGCAAAUACUUUAUACAAGGUAGAUAAACUGUCUAUUUUAGCUGAGAACUGCGUUCAGCUCAGCCUAUCAAACCUUUUAUUUGAUAGAUUCUCAGAUCUCAGACUCAUUAACAUGCAUGUUGGAGUGAAAAUUGAGCUUUUGCUGUAUCUGCGUGUGAAGCAUGAAUGAUCCCUGCCCUUGGAUGAAGAUGGGGGGGUAGAGUAAACGUUGCUCAGUGCAGCAAAACUCAUUGAUGCGCACACCGCUGAAGUAAAAGCAUGAAUCACACAAAUUCUACAAAUAAAAUGCUUUGCACGUUUCUGUUGGAGCGGUGGGGGUGGGGAGUCACUCCAGGUGGCGAGCUUCCUCUCCAGAGUAACGGUCGGGGAAACACCGCUCAAAUACUGAUUUCGGCUUCAGAGAAUUAGGGAUUGUGUCUACAGUUCGAGUUAUAUUGAAACCCUGAAUAUUGUUCCAAUAACCAUAAAAAGCACAAGCAACUGUCUCCUGAAUAGAGCGCCACUUUAACAAAAGGUCUGAUAACGCCCUUUGCCUCCAUUUUGCCUAAAAUGUUUAAAUUUAUUUUCGUUUUCUGCAUUAAAAGAACGCAGUUACUCCAUCCUCAGUCUGUCCAAUCCACAUCCACCUCUUCCUCCCUCUCUGGCUGAGUUGUGUUAUACCAGGGGGAGACACAGUCGUCCCUAAUUCCCUCCCCCCUCUUCCCUUUCUGUUAUGUAACACCCCUGACUCAUGCUAGAGAGCCUCCUCUGCUCAUGCCGCUCUGCAUCCCAUGAUUCCAAGCGUCCUCAACCCCACCCCCACCCAAUCCUUACCCUCUCAUUGUACAGGAUGUGUGUGAGAGUCUCGAAAGAAAAUUACCUCCCAUGCAGAAGAGCGCAUCGAACCGUACCCUGAGACAAAUUAAGAGGAGGUAGAAACCCUCAUUUAUUCCACCAUGAAGACACAUGUUUGCUUUUUAACAAGGCGUGCGUCACUUCCAAUCCUUUCUUACACUCACACUGAUUGCAUUUUUAAGCAGCGCCUGAUUUUAAAGAAGCGAAAGAAACCUGAGAACGAAAAUUGUGUUGCAGUAUUUCUCUUUGAAGAAGAGGCACAUUCAAAGGAGGCUGCAGUGAACCCCAGAGUGCUUGUCAUUGAUUUGUCCUUGUUGCAAAGCUGCAGAGGUUGUAUCUCCACAUGCAUAGCUGGAUUUACCACGACAUAAAAGAACUUAUGAAUUUGUUCUCCCACACAGGGAGGAUAUUUCUGGAAAAGUGCUGCAGAAGCAUAAGCCCUUUUUUUUUCAUGUCAAGUACAUUUCAAAUUGUCGAGCUUUCUGUGCAGCUGCUACAGGAUGAAAAUGGGAAAGCAUUCAAAGCUCUCUGCACAUCAUUUUUAAUAUAUUUCUAGCCUUUCUCAAUCUGUUAGUCUUCAGGAGGUUUCAGCUGCACUCUUGCUCAGUGCAUUCAGCAUCAGUCCAACAUAAUCUCUCUUUUUCUUGGGGAAGCUAUUGGACACAAGCUCUUGAAGGUUACACCCUUUUGACACAUGAACAAUUUAUAUAUACUAUACAUGAAAAUUUUCAAAAUCUGACUUUUUUUCCCCUGCCAGACACUUACUGCAAUCCUCAGGAGGUUAAGGUGAAAAGAAAAGUGAGACCACAGGUAAAAAGUCGGGGGGCUUUAAGGCAAAUUCAUGAGAAGGAUUGCUGAUGUCAAUAUCAUGCAACUUUCUUUGCAUAUGGAGGCUGGUUCAUAUUGAUUCAUGCAUAAUUUUGCUGCAUUUUUUUGCACCAAGAGACUUAAUCUCCCUCUGAAAGGAACGAAUCAAUAGGCAGCUUUGGAAAAAAUCAGGACAGCCUGUCCUAAAAUGUUAUAAAAACCAUCAGGGGUGCAUGCAUGAAAAGGGCUCAAGAGAAAAUUGUGUGUCUCAUGAAUCACAAACUGUGUAUCGGAGAGCGACGGGUGGUACAGAGAGAAGACAGAAAAGAAGAACUUUCUGAGUCUUACCAGCGUUAGUUUUUUCCCCGUCUCCUGUGGGAGAUCCCAGCAGGAGAGUAAACUCGGCAAACCAGGUUAGAAGCUGCAUCCCGCUGAUAUAAUAAGCUGUUUCCCUCGACAAAAUCUCGGUAAACAUUAUUUCAGAUGAAAAUUAGAGUCAGUGGGAAUAAAGCUGGUGUACAUUAGUAUUCAGCUAGCCUCUAAAGAAAAUAUUCACGCUAGAAGACAGCAGAUGGUCUAAUUUUAUACACCCUGUUGGUAAUAUUGUUUGAGUUGAAUAUUUUUUACAUGAAGUGGUGACUUGAAAGGCUCUGUAUCCUCUUAUUAAUGUGUGAUCAGUUAUUAAAAAUUGGUACUGAUGUUGUUAAUUUGUGUGAAAAAACAUUUGCACAUUUUCAGCUGAAUUUGCUCAGCAAUACUGUGAUCACUAAUUCUGCACACCAGAGGUAAGCAGAGCUGAAAUAAAUCAUCUUAAAGAGGGAAUUUAAAAAUUGUUUGACUAUGUUAGUUGGAAAACGGUUGUUGAAAAUGUUAAAAUCUUGUGUUUCAGUGUUUUUUGACAGUUUCAUGACAAACUGAAGUCUCCUUGACUUCACCUCCCCUCAUUUUUUCGGUAUAACAGUAGAAAAAGCUGAGCCAUCGUUAGUAUUAAAGCUCCACUGCCCCACUGUAACUACACAAUUUGCCAACACAGUAAGAGGUAAAAAAUGAUGGAGAAGUCGAGCUGUUUUGAACCAAAAUCCAGUUUUACAGUUCCCAUUUUACUGGGAUAUACUGGCCCAGUUUCAGCAUCUCAAACACACACUUGUACACAGACAACACUGAUCAAACUGUACAGGUAGGGCUGAACGAUAAACUAAAAACUUACAGUUACCGAAAUUUACGACAAUAACCGACGUCAUUUUGCCCAUGUCGACAUAUUCUGUGUCAAAAAAAAAAAUAAAUAAAUAAAAGUUGGUUUUGGAUGUGUGUAGGUAGGCUAUGGUCUCAUGUUCCUUUAAGACGCUGUCCUACGUCAGAGACGUGACUCCACCCCAACUAGUCUGUAACAAAGAGGGAAAGACAGGUGAGGAGAUGGAGGACGGAGAGAAAGUUGUAGCGGCUGAAGUAGACGAAGUUAAUGUGGGAGGGGGUGAGCAGCCUGUGGAGUAGUUAUCAUCCAUUUAUCGUUACCGAGGUGAACUGAUCAAUAUAUCGUGAUAUUGAUUUGAGGCCAUAUCGCCCAGCCCUAAGUACAGAUUAUGUACACUUAAGAGUGGCAGGAGGGCACAGCUUUUGUUCGCCAAACCAAAACACCUCUGGUACACUGGAGCAAACCAAUAACUCAUUUUAACUGUGAUGUGACAAUCUCUUUAAAUGCAAAUGUUUCUGUUACAUCUCUGAGUUAGCAGGAAAAGUGAUGUGGAUGAUUGAAAAUAGAUUAAUUAUGAGUCUAUGCCUGUCUGUGGAGGUAAUUAUCAUUCAAACUGCCUGUUUCUAAUUUUAUCCACCUCUUGGGUUUUCUUUUUAGAAAGAACUUGGACAUUUUGCAGAAACCAUUAACAGAGACCUAGAUCUGGAAAGUACGUACUGAAAAUGUUAGUCUGUGUCCCCCUGAGGAAAAUCAGAGAUCUGAACUGUAUCCAAAUACCUUCAUUUCUCAGGUAGUAACACUGAUAAGAAGGUAAAUCGCAUAAAUCUCCAAAACAGAGCAAGUCGUCUCCUUCCAUCAUAGGUUUAUAUUAUUCACUCUUUAUCUUUCAGUGGUUAGCACUGAGGAGUGUGAUGGUGAACCGGCCUGAUCUCAUGAUGAAGCACUGCAUCCUCCUCCAGCUCAUUCAAAAAGCCCUUCACCCUCUCUGGCAGAAAGGGAAAACCGGUUAUUUAUAGAUCCCCCUGCCCUGCCCCCUUCCUCAGCCAACAUGUACACACAUCCCUGCAGUGACACACACUUUGUCUUCCCAUGUUCAUACACACACAAACACACAGUACCCUGGAGCCUUUGGGAGCUCUGUCACAGCUCAGACUGGCCACCAUCCUCCCUCCUCUUCCUCUUUUUUUUCCUUUACUCACACUCCAUCCUCCCCUCCCUCUGCUUCCUCUCUGAGGUUCUCAUCUUUCUUGUAACUGCACUCUUCCUCGUAUUUAUCUCUCAUCUUACUGUUUGUUGUUGUACAACAGUGACAGAAGCUUGAGAGAAGUUAAAGAAGCAAAUCAAAUGUCAGAAAGCGUUUUAGCGACGCAUGUGUGUGAUAGUGGGAUUUAAUAACUGAAGAAAAAUGAAGACUUUAAGGGUUGUGAAAAAAAGCAGAAUAGGUAAGCCUCUGUUUUCUUAGUGUUGUAGCACAAUAAAGACGACUGAGCCAGGCAGUAUAGAUUUUAGAGCAGCAAGACAACAUCAUCUCCCCGUCAGCUUCCUCGUAUUGACUGUUCCAGACCAUUACCUGCUGCGCUUAUGUACCAGCAUCUGCAUCCCGGCCUCACGGGGACUUUUACUGAAGGGGAAAAAGUCUCUGUGGGAUAUAAAUGUAGAUGAAGAUGUAGAAUAGAUGUAAACAGAUUCAGCCGAUUGUGUACGCAGUUUUUCAGGAGAAAAGUAGAAGUUUGCCCACCAGGAAGGUACAUUAUACAUGAGUCUCACUCAGAUGGAAGGACCAUAAAGAGGGAACAGCUGUACCUUUGGUUAAACAAAGGAGUAAGCAGAGUUUUAGUGACUUACAUUAGGCAGCCUGAUGAUCCAAACUGGAGUAACCUGAAUAUCAACAAUUUUACAUUUCAAUUUUUGUUUGUCUACGAUUUAAUCAUAUAUUUUUGGUUUGGUGAUAGUCAGUGGUCUUUCCCCUCUGGGGAUGUAGAGGGUUUAAACUCCAAAUCACUCCUGGUGAUACAGACAGCAGUGUGUGAAUAUGUGUGCAUAGAUUGAGCUCAUACUGACAGUUUUAUAAAGGUGUCUUUUUCGUGGUCUGAUAGACGAGAAAAUACUUAAUUUCUACUUUCUAUUUCUGAUCUGAUAAGUCAGAAAUAGGAAGAUACCUGCAGUAUGUUCGCUCUAGGUGAAAAUCGCUGAAUUGACCAUGUGCUCAAGAGUUUUAUCUGCAUUUUUGCUGAGAUUUAAAUUUUAUUUCCGCGGUGUACCUGCAACAUGCAUGAAUUAGCACUGGCACCUCAACUUUAAAGGGUGUUAAAGGAGACCUUAUGUCAGGAGGCUUGGGAGGAAAAGUCUGCAUGGUUACAAUACGAGAACUUUAUUAAUCCCCAAAGUGAAAUUUGUUUGUCUUGAAUCUAAUCUACUAUUUAUAGAAGGGGUAAAAAGUCUGAUGGCUGUGUGAUUCUCUCCGUCCUGCAGCAAAGAGAAAAGAGUUGUUCACCACCGCUGUUGGGUGAUCCAUGUUUUUUUAAGAAUAGCCUCCAUCUUCCUCGGUGUACAUCUCUCCAACCACAGAGCCAGCUUUUUUUUUUUUACCAGUUUGUCACCAUGUUGAGUCUGUUUCAUGGAGAACAUCACAUGGAACUUCAGCCGUUGCCUUCUGUGGGAUGUAUACAAGUAUUAUUACGAUAUGACUGAACUCCCUUGUAGCAUAAUAUGGCCGAAGAGCAACUGCUGUAUAGGAGAGCACUUUGGUUUUAUCAUACAGAGAGGGGUUACUAGAUAUAUUUAUACCUCCUCUACACACCAUACUAGGGGUGUCCCUAUACGACUUUUUUAUGUCUGAUAUGAUACCGAUAUGGUAGCCUUCAGUAUCGGCGGAUACCGAUAUGCAUCUGAUAUUGGAGUCUGGAAUGGACUGCUUGUAUCGGAGUGCUGAUAUUGGAGAUUUAAGAUGCAGGCCGAUAUAAUCCAAUAUUUGUUUUUUGGCCAAUAUCGGACCAAUAUCCCAUAUCAAUAUCCUAUCAGGACAGCCCUAUACCAUACAUGUCCUAUAAUUUAUUGCGACUUUCAUGAGAACUUCUAAUUAACAACCAGCCCCUCAGAUAAAUGAGAUCAUUUAAGAUUAAACUGAUUUUAGCCAAAAUAGAGACGAUGAUGUAUCCUAACCCACAGACUAGAAAACCUGAGCUGGCUGAUGAGGACGAUGGGGGGAGAUAGAGAGCCAAAGAGAGUGAUCCAGUGUUAGAGGGCAGUGCUGAAAAGGCUGACAGGUCAGCACACCGCAGCAUAAAGGGAAGAGGUGGUCACUGUUCCCCUCUCUAUGUGUCUGUCCGUCCAUCCAUCAGUCAGUCAGUCAGUCAGUCAGUCAGUCUGCCUCAUCUUCAGCCUCUCUGCUGCAAUGCGGCGACGACUAAGAGCCCAGCAAUCAUCUCUGGCUCGUUGUUGCUGCUAUGAGCUGUUCUGUCAGGAGGAGAGGCUCACAGCUGUCUCACCGCUCUGAAACACACACACACACGCAUAAAAACACACUCCGACCACCCACACUAAGAGUACACUCUUACAGUACAGGAGGAAAUGGAGAUGUUGACAAGACGCGUUCACACACACACACAGGAUGCCCAGGAUCAUGGAAACACACCGACAUCUUUGCACAAAGAAUUCCCUCCCAUCGAUCAGAGAGGGAGUGAAAGUCACCUUCUUCUAUUCAGCUCUGCAGUGUUUACUGAGAAAUACAGACAGACAGGAGGAACGGGGGAUGACUCACACUCGUACACACUGCAAACACACUUCCUUCAAAGCCUUUGAGUAUCUGUUUGUCCACAACAAAGGUACACCGCUUUUCAUUUCAUCCCCAUGCACAAAUAUCCAUCUGUAGCGCUUUCUCUGUCCUUAAAAUCAUGAACACAAACCAAACAAUCCCAGCGGUUAUUUCCUAAGACUGUGAUGGAUCACGCUUCCUUAUCUUUAGUGGUUUCCCGCUCUUGCUCUCCAGCCUGAUUGACCCCAUAAUUGCUUUCCUGUCCUGCUAAUUCAAACCAUUUAGUGGCUGAUUCUGUGUCAUCGGCAGCAAACACAAUCGUUUGUUUUUCGACAACCAUUGUGUGUGUAGAAACAGCUUGCCCGCUCGUGGUGGCGGCCAGUCUUCUUGGUGCUAAUGAUCAGUGUAAAGCAAGCUGGUCAUCACAAUGAAAUAAGCUGUGACGUGGAUAAUGAGGCACUUCUCUGUGGUACGUCUAACAACAAAGUCUGCCAUCUCUGUGGUUUAGUGGCCAUUAAAUUAAAUCAGAGGGAAGUGGAGAUAGUACAGCAGCACAAUCAUCUGCUUCAAAUAACGAUAAGACACCUCUAACCACUACUAAAAGCUCUUUACUUAUUUGAUUUAGUCUCUUUUUUUCAUUGACGUUUCAGUCCAUUCAGCCCAGUAGGAUUAGUACUAUAACUGAAAGGGUGUGUAGAAACCUGGAAGGACAGUCGUUUAAGUCUCGUCAUGGUCAAAGCAUUUUGAUCGCUGGUUCGAACCUCGUGAAAGUCAUCGUUUCUUCGAAGGUACAGUGUGUAGAAAUAGGAUUAUCAAGCAAUACCUGGCAGUCAGGUUUUCAAUUGAAACGCUCACCCCUCUCAUUGGCGAAAUCCAGAAGUGAUGUUUGCCUCUAAGGACAAGAAGCUCCUAUAACACAUGCUAGGUCCAAGUCUCUUUUGUGAAGUUUUGCCACUAACUAUUGAUACAAAGUUUUUUAUGAACAACCCAAAUCACUGUCUUCCUCUUUUCCUCUAUUCAGCACAUUUUAGGUGACUAUUCACCAAAUACAGGAAUGUGAACUUGACUUGUUUGUCCAUUUUGGGCUACUGUAAAAACAGGGUGGUAGGGACCAUCUCCUUACACAAAUACUAAAGGCUCAUUCUAACAAUACAAUCUUUGUAUUCUAAUUUAAACGCGCUUAUGAAUGUCUUUUUGUAUGUUUUGUUAAAUGUCACUAAAUACUACACAGUGUAGUAUUUAAGUCCCACUCUGAUCGAUUUUUUUACUACUUAAAGUGUUAUCAGUGGUCUUUAAAUUGUGAUUAUAAAGUCUUUAGCCAAAAUCACGUUACUGGUGUUAUUUUUAAGGGCUUUUCUUCUGCAGAGCUCCAGUAGAUCAUUGGCAAGUGCUCCUCUGCACACUCCUCUUCAUGCUAACUUGUAGCCUAACAUUGCUAAUGCAGCAAAAGUGGCUUUCGGACACUAAUGUCUUUGGAGAUACAAUGAAAGUGAAUAUCAUAAUUAACUUUCUCAUGAGAAUUGCAAUACCCAAAGCACAUGCUUGUUCAGCGAUCGCCCUCUCUACUUCUCGGAGUCUGGCCUGCAGAGUGGUGCAUGGGGGCGGAGCUUGGAGUUGUGACAUAGGAAAUUGCACUGUACCUGAACCUGCUGUUAGGGCCUGCCAGAGAUUCACUGCAAUUUAAAUGAAGGAAUACUCAGAAAUGCAGUUUUAUACUUAGUUUUCUCACGAUAUGUCCUCUAGCAUCAGAAAAAUGCUUUAUGAACAUGAUUUUCAUCAGAGUGGGUCUUAAUAAUCAGCAAAACAAAACACACACCAUAACAAAACACAUGGUGCUUGAGUCUGGAUUGGUUUGCCUAUUGAUCAUCUGUUUAUUUGCCUGUGGUAAUGAGGCAGUAAGCUGUUAUUGGUCCGUUAAAUUGAUGAAAACUGGACUUGAUGCUCGACUAAGACGCAAAUCUUCGCCGUAGAAAAAUACAACUGUAUUGAUUAUCUAUUCAGAGUUGAGUAUGUGAUAAAUCUUUAGGGUUCAAUGGAGAUUUUGUUUUAAUAGCUUUAGUUUAAAAAAUCAAGCAUAGACUCAAACAUGAGAGCUUUGUACAGAUCUAUAUACAGAUAUAACAACUACAUAUGUACCAGCCUCUCCUUCCUUAUUCAGGGUGGUCUCACUAUAAGCGGUGCCACUGUGGACUCAGGCAGCGUGGAGGCUGCUGACAGGACGUCAAUAAGGCAAUAAGGCAAAAGAAGCAAAGUGUGUGUGUGUGAAUUUGUGUGUGUGUGUGUGGGAGCAUUAACAGUGCCGUAGAGGGAGAAAAAGCUGGAGACACCGACUGUCAGGCAGGCUUGGAUAAGUUCAUGAGUUGUGAGUCAUGUUAGCACCACGGAUCAAACGGCUGGGCUGACAUCAGUGCUGUUAGAUUCAGAGAGCGGCCUCUUCGCUCCUCGACAAAGACUUCUAGUAACGUCCCGAUGUCUGGAGACAAAAAGGUGUUUUCAGCACAGGGGGAUAAAGGUGAAACAGGAGUCUGAAGUCCAGAUGAGGACAGGUUUAAAAACAGCAAAGUCCUUUUCACACGGGGUCUAAACCCUGUAAAUUUCUCAACAUUAAAUGGAAGUUAAUUCUGCAGCAGCGGCUCUAUUACACAGUGCUGCAUCCUUCUCUACUCCCCGUUGAAUACUGUCUCCUGUCCUCUUUUUUUUUUUUCAAUUUUGGCACAUUAUAAAUGCGACUGACACUUUCCAUGUUUACUGAUUUUGACAUUUAACAAAUUAGGCACUUAGCGGACUCAUCUUCUUUAAUGGUGAGCCAUUAGUGUCCCUCUCUGCAUCUGUCAAAGCGGACAGACUCAACACAACAUCCACUAAAGCCGGAGCAGGAGGGCGAGGAGGGUGAAGAGGGCAGCUCUCACUCAUACCAGCUGCAGUGAUGCUGGUUACUGCUUGUCAUUCGUGGACUUUACCGCAAAAAAGAGGAGAUGCUUUAUUUCUGUUUCACACUGCUACUCAAACUGCAAAUCUGCCAGGUGGUAAUGUGGUAUAUACAGGACUCUGCUUUGAGUUUUAAGGUAAACUACUUAGGAAACGCAACAUACCGGCCCAAUUAGCCGGGAAUUGAAUUAUUCUGGGAAUUUGAAAUAUAAUAAGAGUGGAUUACUGGAAGUAAUAUCAACGAGUUCAUGGAUGAAUAAUACCUCAUUAUCGUGUCCUCUCUCCUCCCGGCCUCAUUAUACCUCCUCAUCACAUUCCCCCGCCUAACUCUCCCCUCCUUUCUCUCUCCUUCAGGUCUGAUCGUGUACCUGGGGAUGAUGGUCGGCGCCUUCGUUUGGGGCGGCCUGGCUGAUCGGAUCGGCCGACGGCAGACCCUCCUCAUCUCCCUCUCCAUCAACAGCGUGUUCGCCUUCUUCUCCUCCUUCGUCCAGGGCUACGUCUCUUUCCUCUUCUGCCGCCUGGCCUCUGGUGUGGGGUAAGGACACAGAUGAGUCAGACAUACUCACGCACGCACAUGAGCACAAAGCAGCCAGGCCUGGAAAUGGAGCAGUCACGACCGCCGCGGUUUAUCACUGGACUUGACAGAGCGGCGCCACAUGUUCGAGGACAGAUAAAAAUGUCAUGCUUCCGCCCUCAGAUUCCUGGAUGUUUGCCUGUUUUUAAGAGCUUCUCAAUGUUCCUGUUUCCUUUAAACUGUUCAGUCUGCCAGCCGUUAAGGAGGUAAUUUUAUUAACCCAAGUCUGCACACUGCACACAAUGAGCCUGAACUAACUGUCCUUGUAAGGAGUUAGGUCUAAAUUGGCCCCAGUGCCUCAUGGCUGCCUUACACUCUGGUUUCUUCAAGCUUUGUCUGACUCGGUAGCUGAAUGCUGGUGGCAGUGGCAAAAUGUCAGCAACAUGGCGGCCAUUCAGUCUGAAUAUGAAGCGUGACCUUCACCCAGUAGGUCAAAGUUAGCGCAUUUGACAUUAGCCACACUAAAUAUCAACAUGUAUGACGUCCUGUUGAGGAUGUUUUAACGGUCAUACAAAGAAGAAGAAUGGUGUGACCUCUAGGGCUGUAAUCACCCAAAGAAGUUCUUGGUCGACUAAAACCCCAACAUGUUUGACCAAAAAUCGACCAAUUGGGCAGCGGGGGUAACUUGUACUGAUAUCGCCACAAGAAUGCAAUUAAACACAAAUAUUAUAUUCAGCAAACCACCGGAUGUUGAUUAAUAUGGACACUCUUCAAUCUUCCUGUCUCCAGCCGGUCUCCAGUGGGUUGGGCGAAAAGAAUAAAAGGGGGGUGUUCUGAGACAGGCUGUUACCUGUGAAACGGGGUGCUCUGAAAACAACCCCAUUAGCACUUGGUACAUUCCUCCUGAGGAAAUUAACCAUAGACUGUAAAUUGAGGCAGAAAAAAAUCGAGUCAUCAGAAUUUUGGUCGACUCAUCAUGUAUUGACCAAUAAGUCGACCAGUCGAUUAGGACUUUACAGCCCGAGUCACUUCAAAAACAAACAGAUUUUGUAUUUUCCCUGAUUUUCAAGUUUGCUAAUGAUCACCAGCUUUAUUGUAUUAGUGCACAGAGAAUCAUAGGAAAAGUGGGGCUCUGAAGGAUACCCAUGAUUCAACCUUUGUCGACCAGCCUUUGUUGCACUGCUUUGACGCAUUCGGCCCUCAAAGGCAAAGAACUUGAUUCAGACUCGAUUUAAACAUUGAAAGAUUUUCCAGCUACUUUCUUUAAUCUCGAUAAAUCCAAAGAUUCAGAUUUAGUCGCCUGUGUGAUUGUAUUAGCAAUCUGGACGUAAACAAUCUUCUGUCAUGUUGAUGGAGAAGAGAUAAGGCAUGCAGAGACAGUCGCUUCUUUAAGUCAACCUUAAAAACUCACUUUUACAGACUUGCUUUUAUGUGAUGCCUUCUUUAAUCUUUUAUCUCUUUUCUUAUUUCGGCUUUACUGUCUUUUUAGCUUUUGUUAUACUUAGAUACUUAUAUAUUUUAUGUUUAUAUUUUGGUCCCCAUGGUCUCAUUUUAUGUUGCAGGCUUCUUGUAUUGUCUGGGUUCCUUAUGCCAAAUGAAAACGGCCUUCAAUUCUAACGACUUGUUUUAUCUGAGCUUUUUGUUUUUAUUUCCUCGUGCCGUCAUUUUCUGUUCUAUGACCAUUUGUCAAAGCACUUUGUAAACCUCUGUUUUUAAAAGUUCUAUAAAAAUAAAGUUGUUAUUAUUGUUAUUAUUAUUGAUAUAUUCCCCUCAGAACACCUACCUGAGGCACUGCGAUACAGACAGUGAAAUGAGCUGGUAACCAUGGCAACACUCUGGUCUAAACUAACGGUUGCAUCGUGUCACGUCAGGACACGGUGAACUCCUGAUGUUAGUUUAGUGUCACAUGAGGGUUGAAAUGUGUAAACAAGUCAAAUCUUGAUAGAUAACAAUUUCACUGAAAGGUUAAUUACAGUAUUUUUGUCUUGCCUGUAAAACGCCAUAAUUUAGCAAUGCUGUGUGAAGCAGGGAUCAUCAGUCAUACGUUUUUAUUUUACCAAUCACACGGCAGAGUAAUCUUGUCUAAAUGUUCCUCUCUUCUCUUUCUUGUCUUAGUUUAAUGCUGCAUAAAGUUGAUUUAGUUUUAUCUGCACUUACUCAGCUAUCACUAAAAGCUCUAAACUCGCCCCUCUCUUUUUAUUCCUGUGAAAAGUGCAGAGUGGACUCCUCAGUGCGGAUGUUACAGCCAUUAGCAGUGUGGUGAACUCUAAACUUUUUGCAAAUUAAGUCAUUAUAUUAACAACAUUGCCCCAUUUUAACUGGCAGAGCUCAGAGUUUGAAUCUGUUCCCAGAAUCACUUCCCAUCGGGUUGUAAACUGGUGUGAUGGAGCGAGGCCGUAAAGAAACUGCUAUCGAUCGCAACCGUCUGGGCCUUUUAUGGCCGUCUUUAAAGACUUUAAUGUUCCGACUUAAUCAAGUACAAAGCUGCUGGAUCUCCUGGAUCUCACAGCGUUUUCCUGCUGAUUCAUACAGCUUUUUAUUUGAGGUCAUUUUUUUGUAGUUUUUUCCUUUUUUUAUCUUGUUUUCAUUGAAAACAUCUUUACAACACCGUGGAACUUCCCUCUCUCUCUCUAUACUUUGUUUUUAAAGCGCUAUUGUCACCGUCUCUCCUUUGUUUACCCGUAUUUAUCCUCCUGUGUUAUCUCACUCACCAACCCUGUGUUUGUCUUUUAAUUGCACUAACGUUUUAUUGUCUUCCUCUCUCUGUACCUCGCAGAAUUGGCGGCUCCAUCCCCAUCGUGUUCUCCUAUUAUUCUGAGUUCCUGGCCCAGGAGAAGCGAGGAGAGCAUCUGAGCUGGCUCUGCAUGUUCUGGAUGAUUGGGGGCAUCUACGCCUCUGCAAUGGCCUGGGCUAUAAUCCCACACUAUGGUGAGAAAAACACACUAAUCAAUCAUCUAUUGUUAAAUUCAGAUUUUGCAGCUGCCUCUUAGCUGCUGUUUUGUGUCUUCCCCUCCUCUCCUCAUCCAGGCUGGAGUUUCCAGAUGGGCUCUGCCUACCAAUUCCACAGCUGGCGUGUCUUCGUGUUGGUGUGUGCCUUCCCCGCCGUGGCGGCCAUCUCUGCCCUCACCACCAUGCCUGAGAGCCCUCGCUUCUACCUGGAGGUCAGCUCGGCAGCUCUCUACACACUCAGACCUUGUGGAAAUGUUAUUAGAAUACAUUUAGACUCCCUGAAUUCAUAAACAGGACCUGUGCGCUGACUAAUGGGCAGACACUGUGCUGCUGACUAAGUGCUGCAUCCACAUUUAUUCAGAAUAGACUGAAUAGGUGAAUAAAUACGUGCAUAUAUACAUCCUGGAGCAGGCUGAACAGCAGGGAACUGUAAGACACACAGAAUAUAUGCAGAAUAUAUGCAGAAUAGUAACUCAGGAAAGAGUAAACUUGAGGUAAAAACCAAAUUUUUAGGAUACAAAUUUUUCAAGCUAUAAAUUUUAUCUCUGCCACCUCUCAGUUUGUGUAAAAGUAUUAAACAUAUUCUGCAGCUAAAGAUGAUUUUGAUCCCUUUAUUAUUUUUUCGCUGUUUAUUUACCACUAACUUUAUGCAAGCUAUAAUUUAAUGGCAAAUAAAGCAAUGCUCACAAUUAGGAGCAGAUUUCUUGAGUUGUAAUCACGCAUGGUUUUUCCAUCUCAUUCAACUGUCAAGUUUCAUUACAGUUUUAUGCACCCACUUAUAAUUCUUUAAUGGUAAACAGAAAUGUUUCAGUAUAUUGUAUUUAAUUAGGUUGCAGAGAUAAAGACAAACUUUACAUAAUGAAAAAAGUGAAGCAAAAUGUUGAUUUAGCAGCUUCGGCCCUUUACAGCGUCGCUCCUUCCACUUUCCAACCAUGUCCACUUUCCCAUUAUAUAAACCCGAAGGCUAAAAGUUUAAUGGAAAAGAAAACAGCCUCUGAAAACACAUUUAUCACAUAUUUUGUUUUCACUCUGUUUCAGAGGGUGAUGAAUACAAACCACAUGCUGCUUCUGUAGCUAAAAUAGUCACUGCUUUGUAGAAAAUAUGUGAAAAAAUACAAGAUUGAGACUUUUAUUUAGAGCCAUUGACCAUAUAAGGUAUGGCGCGGUCCCAGUGACGUCAGCCACGAACUUUUGAAAUCUCAAGCUAACUUUCUGUCAACCUAGAAAUAGACAAAAAACACAAGAUAUUCAGAGCGAAACAGAGCUGUAAAAGUAGUUAAUAUUACUCCAAUAAUCGGCUUUAUUACAGGCCUCUGCUGCUUCAAGUGGACACUGGAGGAACUGCAGUUUUUCUUCUUUCUUUACUUUGGUAUUGUUUGACUUUCUAAGACUUCUCAGACUCUACCACCUUCAUAAUGACAAGUCUGUUUUUAAGAUUCUCUUAAUUAUCACCUCCAUAGAUCAGGUCAAAUCACCCCAUGACACUUUCACUCUGGUAGAGGUCAAACAAAUGUCAAAUACUGACUUUAUUAGAGUCAGUUACAUGUGCUAGAAUUUGACCUAUUACUUUGGUGGGUUGAUGUCAAACUGAAGUGACAUUUUAAGUUGUAAAUAAAACAAGCUUGUGUUACAGUUUUGCUCUUUGCUCACAUCUGUCAAGAAAUCAAAUCAAACAUGUCAAAUUCAUUUUUUCUCCUCCAGAACGGGAAACACGACGAGGCGUGGAUGAUUCUGAAGCAGGUCCAUGACACCAACAUGAGGGCCAAGGGCUACCCAGAGAGGGUCUUCUCUGUGAGUCACGUCUCAGAUUUUUAUCCUCCGUUUGCAGACCGGAGAAAAGCUCCUGCUGUAGUGCAUGUGUUUCUGUCUGCAGGCUGAUAAAGUGCAGCAGGUUCUCAGCUCUCUGCUGCAUAAAUUAGCAUAAUCAUAAUUUCAUCCAGAUUCCCUUUUUCAACCACCGUAAUCUCAUAAUGCCCCGAGCCAUACAGUUAGUAAUAAUAUUUUAUGAAGAAUGAAACUUUAAAAAGUCAUCACAGUGGUAAUGUUGAAAUGUAAUUAAGGUGAUCACUUUUAGGUGGAAAGGAGUCAUUUAGUUUUCUCAAAUAUUUUGAGAAUAAUAUAUUAAUUUUGAGAGAUGCUGUAGAUGUAAAAUGCAAGUAUAAAUUGAUAUUUUUCUUUAAUUUGAAUCAGUUUUUAUAUCUGUAUAUUUGUCAUCAUUCAUUCUGCCUCACACUUUGCUUUCUUUACAUUUUCUAGCAUAAUUUUGCUGAUAUCAGAAUAUUUUGUUGAGUAAACAUUCAAGAAAAAAAUCAGUCCAAAGCCUGUGUUAAAGAAACAACAAUACAGUUGUUAAAGGCAGUAUCAAAAAUUAGAUAUCUGAUGGUUGUUGUUUGGUGUUUCCAGGUGACCACAAUCAAAACAGUGAAGCAGCUGGAUGAACUGGUGAACCUGGGUGAUGGUGCCGCCUGGCAUGAGAAAUGGAGGAUAAAGCUGACUUCUCUCUUCCAUCAGGUGACCGACCCUACAGUUUCUAUUAUCGUGAAUUUUGACUGCUCAGAUGAAUGAAAGAAACAAGGCGAAGUAUGUUUCAAUUCUCUGUAUCCAGAUAAAAACAUGAUUAAAAUGUUAGAAAUCACUUCUUUUGAGAUGGAUAAUUCGUUUUCUUGUUGAGAGUUUUCUUUUUGGCAGAUGCACCAUUAGCCAAGCUUUGCUUAUACAACAAGAGUCAACAAAAACAGCACAUAUAAAACUUAAAAUCAUAGACUCCAGACUCUAACAAACUGAUUCCAGCACAAAACUAAAACAUCUCUUUGGUUAUUUUUACUUUAGUGAACAGAUUUAGUCCAGCCCGAGGCCUGACUAACUAGAGCUAGACUAACUAUCCCCUGACUCCAGCUCAGUGGGAAUGGUCUUAAUGGUUUCUAAUUUCCCCCAAAAUAUUGACCUAACUUAACCAGACCAAUUCACAAAAGCCUCUCAGUUAAUUUCCUUACAGACCUUUUAUAUCCUCUUCAUUCUCAGCUUCAUAAAGUCAGUUGAGGACUCCUGUAGAGUGACUUCAAGAUUUACAGCUUGAUUCAUUUUCCUGUUUUCUUCUUCUUGACAUAUCCUACACUCAGUGACAAAAACUGUGAAGCAUGGGUUGGGUUUAACCCACCUAAACUUAAACUCAGAGGUUUUUAAGAUGAUGAUCCAGAUCCUUCCAUGUCAUUCAUACCUGCAUUGACAAAUAUCAUGAAACAAAAACAUGUCAGUCAGAAGUUUGGAGAAACUCUGAAUGAGCCGGCUGAGCUCGGGUUUUAUUUGUGUUUUCUUCUUCUUCUUCUCUCUCUUUGUGGAUUCACUGACAGGAGUUGUUUACUCAGUGACUGGAAUGGGAUUCUGGGAGACGGUGUUUAUGUGUUGUAGCUGCAACUUGUUUUCAGAGAAGUCUGGUGUGUGUUUACUUUUGUAUCUGAAUGUGCGGUGUAGUUAUUAUUCCCUCUCUUUAUAUGUGUCUGUGUGUUUCUUUAGGUGUGGAGUAAUUUCCAGACCGUUUUCUCUCCAGAGUACCGCCGCACCACCUACAUGAUGAUGGCUGUGUGGUUCUCCAUGUCCUUCAGGUGAGAUUCAAGCACAGGGAUGUUUAGUACUGCUGACCUCUAAUCAAUAAAGCCUGUUUAUAUCAUCACUAUCUAUUAAAAUAUUAGUUUUUCUUAGUUUAUGUAAACAUUUAUAUCCUUGUACAUUUGGUUCAUGCACACAGCAGUCCUGCUUUCAUGUGCCUUGGUCUCACUGUCUCUGCCUCUCCUCUCUGUCCAGCUACUACGGUCUGACAGUGUGGUUCCCCGACAUGAUCAAGUACCUGCAGAAACAGGAGUACGCCUCACGCACCAAGGUUUUCGUCAAGGAGAAAGUAGAGCACGUCACCUUUAACUUCACCUUAGAAAACCAGGUCCACCGCCAGGGAGAGUACUUUAACGACAAGUGAGUCAUUUCUGCAGACUUGUUGAGAUGUUUCCUUCUUUUUUUAGCAUGAACUCAGCUUGUGAUUUGAGUUGUUAAAAUCCAAACUAGUGUGGUGGUUUAAUAUUUUAGAGCUGACUUUGCAUAUUCAUUUUUUUCCCCUCCUUUCCUCACCUGUGUGUCUUGGUUUUUAUCUUCCCCCGUCUGUAAUCACAUGCAGAUUUAUGAACCUGAAGAUGAGGUCCAUGGUGUUUGAAGACUCGCUGUUUGAGGAGUGUUAUUUUGAAGACAUCACCACCAGUAACACCUUCUUCAAGAACUGCACCUUCAUCGCCACCCUUUUCUACAACACAGGCAAGAUACACAUUCACACACACUGAUCCCAUGUAGUGGAUGAUAAGGAGGUGGGGAACAAACUCAAACACGUUUUAAAAACAUGUAUUAUUUCAGUCUGAGAAGUAAGACAACAGAUCCAGACUUACUGAGUCUGCCCCUCAGGCUCCUGCAGGGAGAGGUUUUAAAUAUCCGAAAAUCCCGUCUCAAAAUCUCCAGAAUAGACUGAUCUUUCAUAAGCUGCCUUUGAAACUCACAUUUUCUACAACUUGCAUCAGUUUGAUGUCGACUCCCUUUAAUUGAAAUUGAUGCUUUAACUCAGACAAGUGAGUAAAAAUGUGUUUUUGAUGAUCUGGUGUCUCUCUUUGCCAGCGCUUUCUCUCUCCAGGCUGUUUUUAAAAACUCAAAAAGACCUUUAAAUAAAUUCAUUUCAAGUUGAACUGAUGGCACACUUUUUAUUUUCUGUGUCUACAAUGCAUUUGUAGUAAGGGAUAGCCUCAGCUCAUCACGUAGGUCUGUGAAGGAUGGAUUUUAGGUACAGUGAGUCCAAAUUAAUUGCAUCGAAGGUAAAUGUGCUGCAAAUACACAGACAUGCAACACAAAAAUUUAUAAAACACAUAUCAAGAGGAGUGACUGUGAUAUAAAUAAGGUGCUAAAUGAACUGAGGAGUAGCCCAAUUUACUCUGGUUUCUGGUUUCUCUAUGCAGCCAGUGGAGUCACCCCUGCUGGCCGAUGUAAAAACUGCAAGUGAAGGACAUUUGUGCAUUGGCUUCAUUUUUAAAACAUGAGCCUACACCCAAUUCCUAUACAGUCUGUGGUAUUUCCUGCACACCCUAAUGGCACCACAGUAGAACUGAUACAUCUUACAUUAUUAGGAGUCAUUUUUCCUCUCUCUGUGUGUCAAAAAGCAGCAAAACCUGCUUCAUCUACAUGAGGAAAUAACCCAAUUGCUUUUUUUCCUCCCUUAUGUGUUUGAGCAGCUCUGGGUGAAAUGUGGUUCUGCAGAGCAGGCAGUCAGAGAGGCAGACUCAGAAGAGGUGAUAGCACAGGCAGCAAAAGAGGGAGAUGCAAAUGUGACAGAGAUGACAUGCAGGAGACCGAAAAGGUGGUUAGAGAGAGGAGCGCGGGCGGGAUACUAAAGAGGUGCUCAAUGAGGCGGUAGAGGAUGUAGCAGAGGGAGUGGUGAGAAAAGCGGUUGUAGAGGAGACAGGAGAGGAGGGAGUGGAGGCAGAAUGAGAUGAGGACCAAGAGAAACCUCUAGAAUCCUGGUUAGAUUUUCUUUAGCCAGAGAAUAUCCAAGAAUUCAAAUUGUACACAGCUGCCCUUUUUCCAUUUUACCAUUUUUCACUGUCUCGGUUCACCUUGAGUCCUCCAGUUUUCUCCCACAAAUUUAAAUCUAACAGGACUAGGCAAGGCUUUGUGCUUUCCUGAUGUUAAGCUGUUGUUGAGCAAACACUCUUACAGAUAUUCAAAGUUCACCAUCUUUACUGGAUGGGAUUAAAGUUACCCAUGUUUGAAAUUGUUUGUGCAGCUUUAAUAACGAGUAAAUCCUCACAGUGUGCUUUUUUUUCCAUCUUCUUUCUUCCUCCCUCUCUCUCUCUCUCUCUCUCUCUCUCUUUCCUCCACAGACCUCUUCAAGUACAGGUUGGUGAACUGCCGGCUCAUCAACAGCACGUUCUUGCACAAUAAAGAAGGCUGCGUGCUCAGCGACGUCAGCGAUGAAAACAACGCCUACAUGGUCUACUUUGUCAGCUUUCUGGGCACCUUGGCUGUGUUGCCGGGCAACAUUGUUUCUGCUCUGCUCAUGGACAAGAUUGGGAGGCUGAGGAUGCUAGGUAACUUGAACCUAUGACCCCGUUCGCCAUGUCUAAAGGGGCGGUCAUUUUCCUCCCCUGACUUAACCACAGAUUGACCUUUAGAGUCAGCUUUGAUUUGACUCUUCGUUGGUUGAUAAGCAGCUGAUCAGACGACCAAUAAUGAUCACGUUUUGUCUUUUCUGAACACAUUUGGAGUAAAUUUCAGGCUUGAGAUAAUCCCCCUCUUCCUUAAACCCUCUUUUAUUCUCUUUUUCUUCCCUCUCUCUCUCUCCAGCCGGCUCCAGCGUGAUCUCUUGCAUCAGCUGUUUCUUCCUGUCCUUUGGUAACAGCGAGUCGGCCAUGAUCGCCCUGCUUUGCCUCUUUGGGGGAAUCAGCAUCGCCUCCUGGAACGCCCUGGAUGUGCUGACGGUGGAGCUCUACCCCUCUGACAAGAGGUAGGAAAUAAAGGCAUGCCCUGAAAUCUCUCUGACACUGUGAAGACAUGAUGGUGCUAGAUGACGUGUUAGACGCCGUCACAGGACCUGCCCUGCCAUGAUUGGCUGGCUCACAGGGAUGGAUGACAUUGUGGGGUGAAAUCAUUGGUUGCCCAUGUGAUGCAGAGCGUGCAGCUGUCUUGUUGCCACCUAAUGGCUUCAAAAGGCUAAUUUCUCUGGUCUUUAUGGUCCCCCUUUAAAGGGCUGAGACUGCUGAGUCUUAUUCUGUUAUUCAAUCAAAAUACAUGUAUGUAAAAUAAUAUUCAUCUGCAACACAAUCUGAAAACAUGAACCAAAGCAGAAGCAUGUUUCUUUUGUGUUGGCCCUCUGUGUUCUUGAGGCAUCAGUUUAUGAUGUGUUGCUCCACCUUGUGGUUUCAUAAAGUCUCUACAGCUUGUACAUGAAAUAAUGUGCAGUUUAGAGACAGUGCUUUUCAUUUCUUUAACUUCUGUUGAGUGUAGAGGUGUAGAUUGAAUCCUGCACCAGUAGCUCUUGAUUUACAGAAUAUACAACCACAAUAAGGUGUUUUUAAAUACAAUAAAAGGCUCUGCCAGCUGUGUGAAAAGAUUGAUCAUAUAACAUGUUUAAGAUCAUGUAAAAGGCAAGUGUUGGAGCAGCAGCAUGCUGUCUUUUUAUUUUAUAUUUUUAUACGAGAUUAAUAGAAAAAAGAAGAUCUAAAGUGGGCUCAGUGACAGGUAACUAUAAAAGAAACAGAAGGCUAAAUAAAAGACUAACCUGUCUCACCCAAACUCCUCUGAUCAGUGUCAUUUUGGUCAUGUGUGAAAGUGAGGAAAGUGUGGAAUGAGAUUUAAGACCGGAUGUCUGUUACAUGUCAAAAACAAAUUCACUUCUCAUCUGUACUCUGCAUUUUCCAGAAUACUGAGGCAAUCCACUAUCGAGUGGGAUGACAGAUUCUAUUCUCUGUCUGAGUUUAUAAAAAGUUAAUUUUAAAACACUGAAAAAAAAAAAAACAGAGGCUCCUUCUCUUUAUACUUGGAAAGGAUUGAUGAGAUACUACCUGACAAUAGAAAAGACACAAGCUAAUGCUAACAAUAAGGUUGAACAAUAUAAUGAUGUAUGGAAACAGAUUUACGAAGUGUGAGUUAUUGAAACAUUCAGUCUUAUAGUUAUGGGGUAAAGGGGGUCGGGGGAUCAGUGGAGAAUUCAGUGUUUGUGUGUAUGAGGAUACGAGCAGGUAUACAGGGUGAUUUUUGUUGGGUGGAGGUCCAUGGAGGUGGGGAUGUGAGAUGAGUGCAUGAGUGGUAUAUGGAUUUAAAUUUUGCAACUGUUUAUUGUGUGUUUUUGUUUUGUUCCACUUGUGUUGGUGUCCAAAUGUAUAAGGGUUUCGUGUUAUUGUGGCACCACCAAGGAAGAAUGUAGAUUGUGAUAUGUGAUAGGUGUUAUGUUAUGGUAUGAUAUGUAAUGCUGUUGUACUGAUUGGGAAAAGGUUAUGUACCCUGUGGUGGAAGCAUGAAACUCAAUUAAAAAAAAUAUUUAGAAUAAAUAAAUAAAAUUCUAACCUGGCUGUCUAUAUCUCUCUUCUUUCUCCUUAGAACCACGGCGUUCGGCUUCCUCAACGCUCUCUGUAAACUAGCGGCUGUUUUAGGCAUAAGCAUCUUCACCUCGUUCGUCGGGAUCACCAAGGCCGUGCCCAUCCUCUUUGCCUCGGGGGCGUUGGCGGCGGGCAGCUUUCUGGCCCUCAAACUACCAGAGACGCGGGGUCAGGUGCUGCAAUAGUGUGGCUCCAGCAGCUUUCCAGGGAACAGAAGAGUUUUCGCCACACUGUGAAUGAAGAGCUCAAGAGCCCUCAAAGCCCUCCCCUCUAACCCCUCCCUCACGACGAUAGAGUAAAGUAAGCGCACACGCUUCAAGAUUUGCUGUAAAUAUUUGGGAUCAGUGAUUAUUUGGUAGGUAAUCAAACCUAGAAACUUCACCUAAAAAAGCUUGAACGCACCUUGAGCUCUGAGGGAUUGAUCGCUCCAAAGUGAGGCCGAGUGAUCCAGUGAAAGAAUAUUUAAUUUCCUCGUGAGUCAAAGUAGAAAAUGUAGAUUAAUUUACCCGAUUAGAGUUCGUCCAUCUGGGGUUGGAGGUCAGGGGUCGGGGGUUCUUGAUGAUGAGCCAUGGAAACAGACUCAUAGAAAUGACCACUAGCCAUUGUUGCGGGGUUCUCUGUAAUCACCUCCAUCCUCCUGAGCAAAUUCAACUCACCCGUCAAGUCUUGAGUACUUUUGCCAUUGUUGGACAUAGAAUCAAAAAUGCGACAUUUUCUGCCUUGAUUUGAAGCAUUUUUGACUUUUUCGGGGUAAAACCAAGACGCACCGCUCUUGGCUUUCUCUCAAACAAAGACCUGUGCUCAUUUUUUCUCUAUCUCUCUCUCUUUCUCUCCCAGAGGUCUUGUGUUGUUGUACAGACUAACUGCCAUUUUAUAGAUUAUAGGACAUUCCAGGUUUUGCUUUUUGUUGUCGUUAGAUUGUGACGAGGAGAUCGAUCGAGGCCCUUCUCCCUUUAAAAAACAUCGUUUCUGCUCACGUCACCAGACAUCCAGAUCAGUCCGUGGAUGCGUUUCCUUUCCCACGCCGUGUUUUUUUUUAAAUUCUGUGCCGUCAUUGAUCGCCAUUUCAUCGCAAAGAUGAAGCUGUUUGUCAAAAAUGUACAUUUGAAGCACAACCAUUCGCCAGUGUGAAUGUCCCCCCCUGACAUUUUCUUGACUGGAUGAAAAUGUUCAGAAACUCACAGUCAGUCACCAUCUCUCAGUCAUGCUGUGUUUUCCUUUGUAAGAAAUGCCUUUUUAGUACCUCUCCCCUCAGACUUACAGUAUGUUUGCCUCUUAUAAAAUAUGUUUGGAGUGUGUUAUGCAUGUCACAAAGUAUGUAUGUAAUACUAUGAGAAUUGAGAGUACAACAUAAUGAGUAUUUUUGACUAGUUACACCUGCCCUUGGAUCAGUCUGGCUUAAUUUAAUGUAAUAUUUCCAAAUUUUAAAGACAGCACAGUGCUUCUAAACAUCCUUAGUGCACACUCCCAAAUUUGAAUAUAACUUUAUUAAUACACACCACACCUAAUACAUGGUACACGUGGCAGAAAUCAAGCAGUCAAAGGGUGAAAAAAGCAAAACCUUCACUUGGAGCUUUUAUGAUUUUACUGGAGGCACAAAUUGUGUUACGUGUGUACGAGAUGACGGAUAAACUAUAAUCGAAUUAUUUGUGUCAACUGAAUGUUUAUAUUAAUGUGAGUGUGCUUCUUGGUGCAAUAUUGAACCUCUGUGCAAUAUUGUUUUUUAUUUAUUUUAAUUUCUGUCUUUUAGGAUUUGACAUUUGGCAAAAACCUUCUCUGGUUUGUGAAUGGUUGUGGGGUAGCUGUCUUAGAUUGAAAACCCUAAAGAAAAAAUAAGCCGUAGUUUAAAUCUUUUUAAGGUUUUUCGUUCAAAAGAUCGGAGAGUAGCAUCAGUUGAAAACUCUGCGCCAAAUUUUAAAAACAGCAGCGGAGGUUUCCUGCUUCAGAUUCUUCAUGUGAGAUGUGUAUGUACUGGAACCGUCGUGAUUUAAUGCAGUCUGAUGAGAAAAAUUCUGCAAACGGGGUAUGAAUUAGAAGUGCGCUGGACCUUUUAUUUACUUGUGCUUUAUGACAUUAUUAUGAAAUACAAAUGUAGCUAGACACAACACGAGAUUCACCAUAGAGAACUCACUGCCAAGGGCUGCCUGUCAUACAUCUCACAUUGGUAAAAGCACAGAGAGCUUGUGAAAACGAUUUCCACAUUCCCCGAAACUUUUAAAAAAAGCGAGGCUGAUAAGUUCACAAUCACAAACAAUUGUUAAUGAGUAAAAUUAACAAAUAAACCCUCACCCAGACUGCCAUUUUUGUAGGAUAGCAGCCAUACACAGACUCAAGACGGUUAAAUAACUAGACGACCCAUUGCACUAAAUGUACUCUGUCGUACAUGCACAAUUGUGAACGCCUUGAGUUCUUCACGACACAAUCGGAUCCAGCCUUGCUAGAGACAUGAAGAAGAAGAACGAGGUGUUUAGCAAGAGCACAAAGACCAAAAGCAACCAAAUGAGGAGAUUGUGAACAGGAGUGCAGUUGUGAACAUCGGUGCUUUGAUGGAGCUUUGAUGAUCUGCCCCCUCAAAUUUCCCUCCUUUCCCUCCGCCUCUCACUGACUUAACUCCACAAUUCGACCUUGGAUCCAUUAUCUAUUAGUGUGCCAUCUCUCAUUGAUUAUUGCCAAAUAUUUUGUAUGGCCUGAGUUUACACAUUACACCAUCAGUUCUCAGUUAUAGAUAUGAAUAUAUGUAAAUAAAAGUACUUAUAAUAUAACUAAUAAGAUAGCUGUUUAAUGCUUUCGGACCCCUGAAAAUUUGCAGCCAGUUUUUGUCUGUUUCAGCUGCUGAUAGUGCAAAAAAACAGGAACAUCUGGACUUAUAAUUUAGAGUCCAGGCGCUCUUAUUUUUGUUGACAUCAGGCGCCAAAAUGGCCAGCACACAAAAAGGAAAAUUAGCCCAGAUCCCCUUUUAAAAGCACACUGAUCGUGUUUAAAACACACAUUAAUUGUAAAAAUAUAAAAGCUAAGCAUCAGCAGUCCUUCUCCCUGUAUGUUAUCCUGUAUCACCCAUGAAUUAAAACAACGAUGUCAAGAUAACUGUUGUAUUUGUUCAAAAUGGAUGACCGUUAAAGCGCUAACCUGUCUCAGUGACUCAGUUCAGGCUCCUUCUAAGUCUAAAUUGUCUCGUAGAUACAUAUCUCAGCUUAUGUUACAGGGUUUUUUGUAUAAUUAACUUGUUGCCUGAGCAACAGUCAAUUGUGAGUGCAAAAAGUUAACAAAGCAAUAAGUGUUUGGGUAUUUGUCUCCCGUUCUCGUCUCUGAAGCUAUCGAGAACAGGAGCGUGUUACUUUCUGCCGGCCUUGUCCAAUGAAAUGCUUCGUGUUGGCGUAAUAAUGACACAGGACUUAACAGCUGACAUUUGUGUGUACUCUCUAAAAACAAACCCUAAGUCUUGAGGCUUUUGUCAAUAAGAUUGCAUUGCCAUUAAUUAAAUGUAAUAAAGAAUUUAUCACCUUUGUCAUUGUACUGUGCUGUAGAAACUGUAGUUGAUUGUUUGUAAGUAUAGAAACUGUUUGUGAAACCAUGAGUAUAAAAAAAACUGAUACACAAAAAAAGAAGUGUAAAUGAACAAUGAUGUAUGUUGUCUUUGAUUUUGUGUAUUUUGUAAAAAUGAGGAAGAAAUAUAAGUAAAUACAUCAAUGUUAAAUACCGGUUAUGACUCAUAAUUAGCCCUAAUGUGACGACAUCAGUUCUGUUUAAAGGUGUGUGAGAUUUUUUCUUUUCUUAUAUUUUCUCAUUGUUGAUUUUUGAUCGGGUUUGCACUCUGCUGUGCAUCUGACCCUUUGGAAUCACAAUGGAUAACAAAGAACCAUGAAGAAUAAACAAGUGGAAAAAUAUGAAAAUCUGAUCUUUGUUGUCUCUUUA